CAUUACCGCCCCUUUCCCCUUAUCCCCCACCACGCCCCCAAGCAGGCUUUUCUCCCCCCAGCCUCCCGUCUCCCUGCCCUUAGUACCGCCGCGCUCUGCCCGUGCGUCACCCUUGCCCACUUCAUACCACCUCCCCCUUCCCCCCCCCCCCGGCUUCUCCCUAUCAUCACCCGCAUGUUCCCCCACUCCCCUGUCCACAACGUCCCUCCUCCACCCCCCCUCCUGCUUUCCCCACUCCCACUCUGCCCCCCACACCUCUACGAGCCGUACUUCCCCCUCCAGCCUCCCUUUCCCCCCCAGCUACUUCCGCAUCCAGCGCGGGCUGCACCUCUGCAUCCCGCCCUGCCAGGCCCUUCGGUGACCCAACUGCCGCCACCUGGCACCACGCCGCCUUUCCCACCCCAUCCAAUCUCUACACCCCCUGCCCCUGCUCCCUGCGCAAUCCAGCCACCUACCCCAGCCUCCCUCUACCUCUCCCUAACUCCACACCGCCGUUCCUACCCCCAGCCAAGGUCUACACCCCUUGCUUUUGCUCCCUGUGCUGUGCCGUCCCCAACCUCCCUCCGCCUUUCCGCGGCACCAGACCGCCUCUCCCUCCCCCAGCCAACAUUUGCACCCCCGUUCCUGCCCCUUGUGCCCUCCAACACCCUACCUCCAGCAGUCUCCCCCUUCUCCAACACCCUCCAUAUUUCCUCCCCCCUGGGGCUCGCCCAUCCGCACGCCUCCUUUCGGUGCCCUCUCUGCCCUCCCACGUUCUCACCCCCCGCCUCCCAACCUUCUCAUUACCCGCUACCAGGUUCACGCCAACUCGACUACCCACUACCCUUUGCCCCUUCCUCUCUGUUCCCCACCCUUCCUUCCCCACUUGGCUCCACCUGCCCACCCCCACCUCCUGUGGAAUUCUGCCCUGCCCUCCCCACCUCUGGCCCACCACCUGUCCCCACACCCUGCUCACCCACCGCUACAUCACCCCCGCCCUCCCACCUCCACUACAGCCCGCCAACACUUCCCCUCUCAACCGGCCCCCAGCCCGCCCCCCCCUUGGGCCCCAAUCCCCUCCAACUGUCAGGCCCCCUCUACCUCUCUUCCACCCACUGCGCACCGCUUUCCCCACCCUUUUCCCCUUUCCCCAAGCUAACCCCCCGCACCCCGGCCUCUGCCAGGGAGUUCCUUCCCCUUGACGCCCUCUUGAGCCAACUCCAGCAACUCACAAACCGCCACCGCCAGGCAUGCUGCCUCUGUAACAAUGCCCCAGCACCCCGCGAGUGGGGGAAAGGCAGACCCGGGAGCCCCUCGGCGAUCGUGGAGGUCCCGCAGCCGAGCCACCCCCUACUCUCCCACUACCCCCACUUCAACAAGCCAGGGGGGAACUUGCAGCUGACACUGCACGAGGAAGGGGUAAGUGAGUUUGUGUGUGAAGGAGCAGCAGAGGCUGCAGAGGAUGGGGCAGCAAAGGCUGCACGGGAAGGGGCAAUGGGGGUUGUGGGGGAAGGGGCAGCAGAGGCUGCAGAGGCUGCAAGGGAAGGGGCAGCAGCGGCUGCACGGGAAAGGGCGGCAGGGGCUGCACGGGAAGGGGCGGCAGGGACCGUGACUCUGGCCAGGCAAGGGGCAGAGGCCAUGGAGACAGGUUUUGCAGGAGUAGGGGCCACGGAACCUGCUGCUGUGUCGGCUGGGGGAACCGCAGCAGAGGAGGCUAUAGGGACCGCACCAGUCGAGGCUGCAAGGACUGCAGCAGGAGCGACAGAGGCCACAGUGGGGGCUGGUAUAGGGGGAGGUGCUACGGGUGCAGCGGGGAAGGGGGUAACGGGGACUGGUGCGAGGGAGAGUGCCGCCCCGGCUGUAGCAAGAGAGGGUACGGCAGGGGCUAAAGUGGGAGAGGGGACAGCAGUGGCCUCAAAGGCAGAAGGUGAGGCUGCAGCUGAAGCAGCAGGGAGGGCCAUAGCACGGCCAGUAGGGGCGGCAGGGGCCGCAGCAAACGCGGGGAAACACACAGCAGGGCCGGCAGGGCCGGCAGAGACUGCAAAAGGGGCUAGCAGUAAAGCGGCAGCAGGCGGGGUGGGCUCAGGGGACAUAGGGGCAACAGGGGAAGGAGAGGGGAGUGGGGUCCCGACCGGGGUGGGCACUGAAGAGGGGGAUGUGAUAGCGAUAGACGAGGAUGAGGGAGAGGAUGUGAUGCACAUUGACGGGCCACUGGCCCAAUACCUCACGCUUGACGGUGAGGCCGACCGGGCCCCCCUGCAGCCUCACGUCGAGGUUCCCCCUCUACCCCCCAUGCCCGUCCCCAUGCUAGCAGAAGGACCAAUGGAGGGGCUGGGGGAGACCUUGAGGACAGAGCCGCGCGAGGGAGCCCCCAUCCUCACCUCCCGUCCUCCAGCCCACCCACCCCCAGGAGCACCACUUCCCCACCCCCACCCUCAGGUCCCGGUAGUGUCCAGGGGGGCAGCCAAGGCCCUGGCCUUCUUGGCGGAGCCGUGCUCCCCGACCCCCACGCUGCUCCAUGGCCAGCCCCCCUCUCCGUCCCCAACGCCUGACCCCACGGUUGCAGGCGGUCCACCGGGAGAGCACGCGGCACACCUCUGCCCCCACCCUCAGGGGCUCCUUAGAGCACCACGUGGAGCAGCCAGGGCUCUGGUCUUCCUAGAGGAGCCAUGCUCCCCGACUCCUACCAACACCCAGCCACCCCCUACCGGCCCACUACCCCCUCCUCCACCAGGCCCCCCCCCCACCCGUCGCCGCACAGCCCCAACACGCCCACCCAACAGGCUGCCCUCCCCACACCACCCCCCCCAGGCAGCCGAGACCCACCCGCAAGGGCUUGCGCCCCAGGCUCAUGGGAGCGGCGGCACCCGGGUAGAGGGGCCCACAGGAGAGGCCACCACAGAGCCCACACAAAUCUCUCUCCCCCCACCGUUUGUACCUCGCUCUAACCUCCACACUGGCCCAGCCCCUCGACCCCCACCUCCAACCCCCUCUCCCGGCCGGGUUCCCCACGAGUGGCCCCGUUGGGCAGCCAUCACCCCCCACACACAGCUUGCCCGAUCUGUUCCCACGGAGGGGGAUGUUUCGAGGAGAGAGGAGAUGCACACAGAGCACCCCCCGCCUGGCGAACCACCCAUCCUCCCUCCACCCACCCCUUUGGCCCCACAGCCCCCCCUUCCUUCACAAACAGGCGCGGACGACCAUGUUGGCCGCCGGCGGAAGAACAGGGGCAGAGGAGGCAGAGGAGGCAGAGGGUCAGCCCACGUGGCGACGGCCGCGAUCGCUACUGGGAGGGAGGCCGUCGGGUUGAGGGAUGCGCCCAUGGCAGACGCCACCGACUCCCCCUCCCAUCCCUCCCACCCCUUCCAUGUCGACGACCCCCUACCGCAACCCAUGCUGAUUGGGGAGGGCCAAGGGGGCCUCCUAGGGCAGGGUCCACACCCGAGCUCCGCUCAGCCAGCACGCCCCACUCCACCCUCUACCCUGCCAGCCCUCCUACUCUCACCUACAGGCAGGCAGGUCUUCGAGACCCCAGAGGAGGUGAGGGCUGGCAUUUCAGAUUUGCUGGCGAUACACCGCCUGAGCAGCUCUCCGGCUGCCCCCACCCUUCCAGUCCCACAGGACCGGACCCGGACGUAUGCGGAGGUCACCCGGUCUGUCCCUUCUUUUAUCCCCCCCGCCACUCAGCCAGGCGCGUCACUCCCGACCCCAAUGGAGACGGACCGGGUUCUGAGGCCGUGUCACUCGCACCUAGACGGGGUGGCGCCUCCCCCCGUUCAGCCCGUGGCGCAGGAGGUCACCAACAGUAGGGAUGAGGCAUCCGCCCCUACCGAGACCCCUCCGCCUGGGGUAGCAGAGCCGUCACUUCAGGAGCAGGAGCACACCACGGCACACACUUCAGGCUCACCUCCACGUCCCCCCUCCCCAGCUUCGACACCGGUACCGGCACGAGGCCCGGCCCUAUCCUGUGCGAUACCACCUCUAUCUUCGCUGACACCCCCCCCGCGCGAGGCUGGUGAGUCGUCUCCUCCCCUCAUCCCAGGCGAUCCUCUCGGAGCUCAGGCCGCCCACGGGGUCCCCUCUACAGCCAGUUCCGACGCCACGGCCCCGAUUGACCCCGCCGACACGGCGACAUCACCCGACCAGGUCGUGAGUUGCCCCACCUGCAGGAGCUCUCUCGCAAACCGACGCGCGCUCCAGCACCACAUUCCCUUCUGCCAUCCUGCGGACGCGGCUCGCAAGGCGCAGGCUGCCCAUGAUACCGCCUCGAUCAUCCCUUCCCUCUCACAGCCCUGUGCGACCGGGAUGCAGUUCACCAACGCACAGUGGCAGACGCUCGACUCGGUGGACUGGACAGAGUAUUUCUCGCCCGAGCGUAUCCAUACACGCCCUCUCCGACGUGUCCCGGAGAGGGUCCGCGGAGGAUAUCUUGACGUCCUCAGUGCGAUCCUAGUCUGCAUUGCCCAGGACCCGGAGGCUGCUGGCCCUACCUUCCUCCUCGCUGCAGCGCCGACUCUUUUCCUUGUUCCAGCGACGCCACCCGACCGCUCGCACACGGCUGCCAUUGCAACGCGCAUCUCCCGCUUUGGUCGAGGUGAGUGGGCUGAGCUAGUCUCAGAUGCACUAGGCCGUCGCACACCCCUUCCUCGGCGCACAGGUCACCGGUCACGCACCGCCACCGAUCCCUCUACAGCAGAUGAGCGCCGCAUUGCACGUUGCCUUCGUCUGGCAGCGUGCAAUGAGACCUCACGGGCGUGCGCGGCUCUCGAGUCCGCGGAGGCAGCCCCAGAUACACAGGGGACGAUACAGCGCCUGCAGUCGAAGCACCCCAACGCGGAGAGGCCGACCCCAGCUUGGCUGUCUGGCUUCCAGGGGUCCCCUCUUCGUGCUCUCGGUGGAUCACUUACGCCGCGCGAUUUUCACAGCUCCGCGGGGCUCUUCGGGAGGACCCAGUGGCUCCGAGGCCGUUGCGCUCCAGCUGCGCGCUCCUUGCUAGCGUCUUCCACCCUCGUGGCUCUGGCGAAGUCGAACAUGGAUGUUCGGCCGAUUGCCAUCGGCGAGGUUUUGGUCCGCAUUCUUUCUCGUGCAGUUUGUCUCCAGCUACGUGACCAGAUGGCGAGGGUCUUCUUGGCAUCACAGCAGUUUGGGGUGGGGGUUACGUGCGGGACAGAGGUCGUAGUUAGAGGCGUCCGCCGCGCUCUGGCUGACCACCCAGACUGGGUGGUCCUGCAGCUAGACGUGGCGAAUGCCUUUAACUCUUUCCACCGAGACAGGAUGUUUCAGGCGCUGCAGGCCAGCCCGGAGUUUCAGUGUCUGAUCCCCUUCAUCGGCCUCUUCUACGGGACGCCCUCGGAUCUCCACUACAGGUCAGGCACGGGAGUGGUCACGAUGCACUCGGAGCGGGGCACUCGCCAGGGAGACCCUCUCAGCCCCUUCUUGUACGCUCUGACACAGCGUCUUGCUUUGAAGCCGGUUCUGGCGGAGGGGGAUGUCCAGCUCUGGUCGUACGCCGAUGACACGUACGUGCUAGGUCCCCCAGACAGGGUGCUGCACCACUUUGCCGAGAUCGUGAGGCGCUUGGGCGAGAUGGGCCUUGCAGCCCAGCCGCACAAGUGCCUCGUCUACCAGACGGAGUCCUUUCUGUCCAGGGAUCUGGAGGCUUUCACGGGCCUAGGGAUCGAGGUCGCACGCCGAGGGCUCACCGUGACAGGCGUACCGGUAGGCACCGUUUCGUUCGUGGAGCAGAGUCUCCCGGAUCGUCUCGAGAGGAUGGGGCGGGUGCUACCUUGGCUUCCGAGGUUGCGCCAGCCCCAGACAGCUGCCCGCCUUCUUUCGGCGUGUAUCAGCACUCGUCCGCAGUACCUGUCGAGGACCGUCCCUCCUUCGCCCGCAGUGAUCUCCAGUUUUACACGGUGGGACGCACGCCUGGGAGAGACUUUUCAGCAGCUUUUAGCUUCAGGGACCUGGGCUUGUCGCGAGGACGUCCGAGAGGCCGCCCUAGACCAGAUCUUCCUCCCCAUCCGUCUCGGGGGUUUCGGCAUUCGUCGCAUGGCGCGCAUUGCCCCGGUGAGUUUCGUGUGCUCCUGGGUGCAGUGUGCACCCAUUCUCUGUUCUCUCCCUGCGUGUGGCGAGGUGUUUCGGCAGAGCUUCGCUUCAGGUGAGCCAGAGCAGAUCGACCGGGCUCUGCAGACGGCGCUAGAGGGUCUCCCACCUGACGUUCUCUCUCUCCUUCCCCCCUGGCCCUCUUGCGCUUCUGCCUCCCCCGAUUCCCUUUUUGCAGGAGCGAGCCGUCUUCUGGAGGCGCAUGCCUUGGAGGCCGUGCGUGCCCGUCACGCCUCUCCCUUGCACCUUGCCCGUUUGACUUCCCUUCAGGGCGGAGGUGCAGGAGCGUGGUUGACGUCGGUGCCGUACGCCGACCCACUGCGCAUCCCGGAGGCGCUGUGGCAGGCGGCUUCAUCUUCUCGUCUUGGUCUCCCUAUCCCCCAGUUAGCCCUUGCAGGUCAGUGCUCCUGCGGACAGGCGAUUGACGACAUGACGGUGCCUCAUCACGCGGUUCGGUGCCCGCGUUACGGGGUCGCCACUACCAUCCACGACACGGUGAAGUACAUGCUUCGAGACUUUGCGGUCGAGGCGGGCUUCGCGGUAAAGGUGGAGGACUCUACGCUGUUCACACAGUUGGAGGCGGCUCGAGCGAGACUACUGGGACAGCCAGUAGUGGGAGAGGGGACACGGGCUGAGGGUCCGGGGGAGCGGAGAGGCGAGGCGGGACAGCCGGGUGGCGGGGGACAGUGGGGACGGCACCAGCUGCGGGGUCAGGUGGAGCGAGGGACAGGUGGGCAGAGGGGACGGCAGGGGGAGCAGACGGGCCAGGACGGGGAGGGGGGACGGCACAGGCAGCAGCAGGAGAGCCAGUGGAGGCCGCGAGCCCAGGGCGCCGCGCCUCCAGGUUCGGCCUCGGGGGCGGGGCAGGGGCGGGAGCAGCAGAGAGCGGACGGAGGUACAGGAGGGGCAGCGGGAUUGGGAGGGGAGGGCCAGGGAGUGAGAGAGGCAGCAGGGGAUGGAGCAGGGGGGUCGGGAGGUUUGGGGGAGGGUAGAGAGGGGGAGGGGAGAGGACAGGUGGAUGGAGGAGAGGAGAGGGGGAGAGAGACGAUCGGAGAGGGGGCACCAAGGGACCAGACAGGGCAGCAGCCAGCGCAACAGCAGGGACCAGUCGGACGCACAGGCCGUGUAGGCACCGCCUCCCGCAUUCCAGAUCUCACCUGCCGCGACGUUGGCCAGGGUCUGAUGGUUCUUGUGGAUGUCUCCAUAGCGGAUCCACAGCGGGAGGGGAACGUGCAGCUGAGACGGGCGACCCCCACACAGAUUGGAGUGGCAGCAGCUAGGCGGGUGCAGGAGAAGCUGCGUCACUGGGGGCCGCACUUAGAGGGGCUGCAGCCGGCACCACACUUUUACGCGUGCGUGGCGGAGACCUUUGGCCUUCUGAGUGAGCCGCUGCGUCAGUUUCUGGGGCUCUGCACAAAGAGGAUAGCACAGCGGAGGAGGGAUAGAGGUGGGGGGGAUGACGGAUCGGCACGGAUAUUUGAGGCAGGACUCACUACACGCCUCUCCGUUGCACUGCAGCGCGCGCAGGCUCAAUGCAUGAUCCAGCAUGCGGUGCGGCAGUUAGGGAGAUCCGACGACGGGUGGAUGCCCGCACCAGUCCCACUGGGUGCGGGGCAGGGAACUUGGCACCACGUCACAGGUCACACCCCCUGCCCCCUCAUGCCAUCCGCUCCCCCCGCCCCUACCCUCCGCGUGCCCGCUCCCUUGCCGCCUCUUUUGACCCUCCCUGCCCCCCUCGCCGUUUCCCACCGCCCGCCAUUCGCUCCUCCCCGCCCGUGCGCUCCCCUCGUUUACCUUCUCCUCCCCCCUCCCCUCCUCUGCUGCACGCCUCUUCCUUCCCCUCGCCGACCCACUCCACUCCCUGCCCCUCCUCAAUCCGCACCCUGCCCCUCGUAUCUCGCCCCCCUAUGCUUGGUUUCUCCCCUCCCUGCCCCUCGCCGCCUUUCUCCGCCCCCCACCUCCCCCCUCUCCCUGCCCCCCCACUCUCCCACCCUUGCCCUUGGCUUCCUACCUCCCUGCCCCACCUUUCCCCCCUCUGUGUGCUCAGCUUCUCCCCUCCCUGCCCCUCCCUCCUCCCCGCCCUGCCCCUCGUUUUCCGCCCCCCCACGCCCGGUUUCUCCCCUCCCCGCGCCUCCCUUUCUUUCUCCGUGCCUCUCCUCUGCUCCCUCCCUGCCCCCGCCUGCCCAUGCCCCUGUCUUUGGCUUCUCCCCUCCCUGCCCCACGUUUCUUCCCUCCCUGCCCACCCCCUCUGCCCCUCCCUUGUUUUCCCCUCACCCAUUGCUUCUCCCCUCCCUGCCCUUGAUUUCCCGCACCCCUGCCCUUGUUUCCUACCAUCCAUGCCCCUCGUUUCCCCCCCUUUGUACGUUCAGCCUCUUCCCUCCCUGCCCCUCCCUUCCUCCCCCCCUGCCCUUUGCUCUCCCCUCGUUACGCUCCCUUCUCCCCAUCCCUGCUGCCCUCUUACCACCAUCAGCCCAUCCCCACCACCAGCCCCCCUCCCACCCUUCUCUCCCCCCCUCCCUUUCCCUCUCUCUCUUUCUCACACACACACACGCACACUCCCCUCCCCCACCCCCCACCCACAUCCUCCCAUUCUGCCCCUCCCUGCCCCUUUCCCACCCCCUCGCACGCCCCUCACCUCCCACCUCCGUGCAACUGGUUUCCCCCCCCCUAUGGUGCCUCCCUUGCAUCGCUCGCCCCUCUGCUCACCCUCUGCCCGCCCCUUUUCCGUGCCCUCAGCUGGCCCAGCCCCUGCCCGUUGCUGCCCCUCCCCUUGCCCCCUCAACUCCCCUGCCCCCCGUACACCCCAGUCCCAUCCAACCGCCCCCACCCUCCCCCGGCUGCCCGUUUCCGCUCUCCACCCCCGCGACCGUGUGCGGCUUCCAACCGCCCAACGGUGGUGCGCACGGGGCUCACACCCCCUGCCCCCUCAUGCCAUCCGCUCCCCCCGCCCCUACCCUCCGCGUGCCCGCUCCCUUGCCGCCUCUUUUGACCCUCCCUGCCCCCCUCGCCGUUUCCCACCGCCCGCCAUUCGCUCCUCCCCGCCCGUGCGCUCCCCUCGUUUACCUUCUCCUCCCCCCUCCCCUCCUCUGCUGCACGCCUCUUCCUUCCCCUCGCCGACCCACUCCACUCCCUGCCCCUCCUCAAUCCGCACCCUGCCCCUCGUAUCUCGCUCCCCUAUGCUUGGUUUCUCCCCUCCCUGCCCCUCGCCGCCUUUCUCCGCCCCCCACCUCCCCCCUCUCCCUGCCCCCCCACUCUCCCACCCUUGCCCUUGGCUUCCUACCUCCCUGCCCCACCUUUCCCCCCUCUGUGUGCUCAGCUUCUCCCCUCCCUGCCCCUCCCUCCUCCCCGCCCUGCCCCUCGUUUUCCGCCCCCCCACGCCCGGUUUCUCCCCUCCCCGCGCCUCCCUUUCUUUCUCCGUGCCUCUCCUCUGCUCCCUCCCUGCCCCCGCCUGCCCAUGCCCCUGUCUUUGGCUUCUCCCCUCCCUGCCCCACGUUUCUUCCCUCCCUGCCCACCCCCUCUGCCCCUCCCUUGUUUUCCCCUCACCCAUUGCUUCUCCCCUCCCUGCCCUUGAUUUCCCGCACCCCUGCCCUUGUUUCCUACCAUCCAUGCCCCUCGUUUCCCCCCCUUUGUACGUUCAGCCUCUUCCCUCCCUGCCCCUCCCUUCCUCCCCCCCUGCCCUUUGCUCUCCCCUCGUUACGCUCCCUUCUCCCCAUCCCUGCUGCCCUCUUACCACCAUCAGCCCAUCCCCACCACCAGCCCCCCUCCCACCCUUCUCUCCCCCCCUCCCUUUCCCUCUCUCUCUUCUCUCACACACACACACGCACACUCCCCUCCCCCACCCCCCACCCACAUCCUCCCAUUCUGCCCCUCCCUGCCCCUUUCCCACCCCCUCGCACGCCCCUCACCUCCCACCUCCGUGCAACUGGUUUCCCCCCUAUGGUGCCUCCCUUGCAUCGCUCGCCCCUCUGCUCACCCUCUGCCCGCCCCUUUUCCGUGCCCUCAGCUGGCCCAGCCCCUGCCCGUUGCUGCCCCUCCCCUUGCCCCCUCAACUCCCCUGCCCCCCGUACACCCCAGUCCCAUCCAACCGCCCCCACCCUCCCCCGGCUGCCCGUUUCCGCUCUCCACCCCCGCGACCGUGUGCGGCUUCCAACCGCCCAACGGUGGUGCGCACGGGGCUCACACCCCCUGCCCCCUCAUGCCAUCCGCUCCCCCCGCCCCUACCCUCCGCGUGCCCGCUCCCUUGCCGCCUCUUUUGACCCUCCCUGCCCCCCUCGCCGUUUCCCACCGCCCGCCAUUCGCUCCUCCCUGCCCGUGCGCUCCCCUCGUUUACCUUCUCCUCCCCCCUCCCCUCCUCUGCUGCACGCCUCUUCCUUCCCCUCGCCGACCCACUCCACUCCCUGCCCCUCCUCAAUCCGCACCCUGCCCCUCGUAUCUCGCCCCCCUAUGCUUGGUUUCUCCCCUCCCUGCCCCUCGCCGCCUUUCUCCGCCCCCCACCUCCCCCCUCUCCCUGCCCCCCCACUCUCCCACCCUUGCCCUUGGCUUCCUACCUCCCUGCCCCACCUUUCCCCCCUCUGUGUGCUCAGCUUCUCCCCUCCCUGCCCCUCCCUCCUCCCCGCCCUGCCCCUCGUUUUCCGCCCCCCCACGCCCGGUUUCUCCCCUCCCCGCGCCUCCCUUUCUUUCUCCGUGCCUCUCCUCUGCUCCCUCCCUGCCCCCGCCUGCCCAUGCCCCUGUCUUUGGCUUCUCCCCUCCCUGCCCCACGUUUCUUCCCUCCCUGCCCACCCCCUCUGCCCCUCCCUUGUUUUCCCCUCACCCAUUGCUUCUCCCCUCCCUGCCCUUGAUUUCCCGCACCCCUGCCCUUGUUUCCUACCAUCCAUGCCCCUCGUUUCCCCCCCUUUGUACGUUCAGCCUCUUCCCUCCCUGCCCCUCCCUUCCUCCCCCCCUGCCCUUUGCUCUCCCCUCGUUACGCUCCCUUCUCCCCAUCCCUGCUGCCCUCUUACCACCAUCAGCCCAUCCCCACCACCAGCCCCCCUCCCACCCUUCUCUCCCCCCCUCCCUUUCCCUCUCUCUCUUUCUCACACACACACACGCACACUCCCCUCCCCCACCCCCCACCCACAUCCUCCCAUUCUGCCCCUCCCUGUCCCUUUCCCACCCCCUCGCACGCCCCUCACCUCCCACCUCCGUGCAACUGGUUUCCCCCCCUAUGGUGCCUCCCUUGCAUCGCUCGCCCCUCUGCUCACCCUCUGCCCGCCCCUUUUCCGUGCCCUCAGCUGGCCCAGCCCCUGCCCGUUGCUGCCCCUCCCCUUGCCCCCUCAACUCCCCUGCCCCCCGUACACCCCAGUCCCAUCCAACCGCCCCCACCCUCCCCCGGCUGCCUGUUUCCGCUCUCCACCCCCGCGACCGUGUGCGGCUUCCAACCGCCCAACGGUGGUGCGCACGGGGCGUUUCUUCGCACGGGCAAGCCUCCCCGGGGGCCCCCCACCCCGCUGGGUCGUUUCACACCCCCUGCCCCCUCAUGCCAUCCGCUCCCCCCGCCCCUACCCUCCGCGUGCCCGCUCCCUUGCCGCCUCUUUUGACCCUCCCUGCCCCCCUCGCCGUUUCCCACCGCCCGCCAUUCGCUCCUCCCCGCCCGUGCGCUCCCCUCGUUUACCUUCUCCUCCCCCCUCCCCUCCUCUGCUGCACGCCUCUUCCUUCCCCUCGCCGACCCACUCCACUCCCUGCCCCUCCUCAAUCCGCACCCUGCCCCUCGUAUCUCGCCCCCCUAUGCUUGGUUUCUCCCCUCCCUGCCCCUCGCCGCCUUUCUCCGCCCCCCACCUCCCCCCUCUCCCUGCCCCCCCACUCUCCCACCCUUGCCCUUGGCUUCCUACCUCCCUGCCCCACCUUUCCCCCCUCUGUGUGCUCAGCUUCUCCCCUCCCUGCCCCUCCCUCCUCCCCGCCCUGCCCCUCGUUUUCCGCCCCCCCACGCCCGGUUUCUCCCCUCCCCGCGCCUCCCUUUCUUUCUCCGUGCCUCUCCUCUGCUCCCUCCCUGCCCCCGCCUGCCCAUGCCCCUGUCUUUGGCUUCUCCCCUCCCUGCCCCACGUUUCUUCCCUCCCUGCCCACCCCCUCUGCCCCUCCCUUGUUUUCCCCUCACCCAUUGCUUCUCCCCUCCCUGCCCUUGAUUUCCCGCACCCCUGCCCUUGUUUCCUACCAUCCAUGCCCCUCGUUUCCCCCCCUUUGUACGUUCAGCCUCUUCCCUCCCUGCCCCUCCCUUCCUCCCCCCCUGCCCUUUGCUCUCCCCUCGUUACGCUCCCUUCUCCCCAUCCCUGCUGCCCUCUUACCACCAUCAGCCCAUCCCCACCACCAGCCCCCCUCCCACCCUUCUCUCCCCCCCUCCCUUUCCCUCUCUCUCUUUCUCACACACACACACGCACACUCCCCUCCCCCACCCCCCACCCACAUCCUCCCAUUCUGCCCCUCCCUGCCCCUUUCCCACCCCCUCGCACGCCCCUCACCUCCCACCUCCGUGCAACUGGUUUCCCCCCCUAUGGUGCCUCCCUUGCAUCGCUCGCCCCUCUGCUCACCCUCUGCCCGCCCCUUUUCCGUGCCCUCAGCUGGCCCAGCCCCUGCCCGUUGCUGCCCCUCCCCUUGCCCCCUCAACUCCCCUGCCCCCCGUACACCCCAGUCCCAUCCAACCGCCCCCACCCUCCCCCGGCUGCCCGUUUCCGCUCUCCACCCGCGCGACCGUGUGCGGCUUCCAACCGCCCAACGGUGGUGCGCACGGGGCGUUUCUUCGCACGGGCAAGCCUCCCCGGGGGCCCCCCACCCCGCUGGGUCGUUUCACACCCCCUGCCCCCUCAUGCCAUCCGCUCCCCCCGCCCCUACCCUCCGCGUGCCCGCUCCCUUGCCGCCUCUUUUGACCCUCCCUGCCCCCCUCGCCAUUUCCCACCGCCCGCCAUUCGCUCCUCCCCGCCCGUGCGCUCCCCUCGUUUACCUUCUCCUCCCCCCUCCCCUCCUCUGCUGCACGCCUCUUCCUUCCCCUCGCCGACCCACUCCACUCCCUGCCCCUCCUCAAUCCGCACCCUGCCCCUCCUUCUCCCCUCCCUGCCCCUCCCUCCUCCCCGCCCUGCCCCUCGUUUUCCGCCCCCCCACGCCCGGUUUCUCCCCUCCCCGCGCCUCCCUUUCUUUCUCCGUGCCUCUCCAUCUGCUCCCUCCCUGCCCCCGCCUGCCCAUGCCCCUGUCUUUGGCUUCUCCCCUCCCUGCCCCACGUUUCUUCCCUCCCUGCCCACCCCCUCUGCCCCUCCCUUGUUUUCCCCUCACCCAUUGCUUCUCCCCUCCCUGCCCUUGAUUUCCCGCACCCCUGCCCUUGUUUCCUACCAUCCAUGCCCCUCGUUUCCCCCCCUUUGUACGUUCAGCCUCUUCCCUCCCUGCCCCUCCCUUCCUCCCCCCCUGCCCUUUGCUCUCCCCUCGUUACGCUCCCUUCUCCCCAUCCCUGCUGCCCUCUUACCACCAUCAGCCCAUCCCCACCACCAGCCCCCCUCCCACCCUUCUCUCCCCCCCUCCCUUUCCCUCUCUCUCUUUCUCACACACACACACGCACACUCCCCUCCCCCACCCCCCCACCCACAUCCUCCCAUUCUGCCCCUCCCUGCCCCUUUCCCACCCCCUCGCACGCCCCUCACCUCCCACCUCCGUGCAACUGGUUUCCCCCCCUAUGGUGCCUCCCUUGCAUCGCUCGCCCCUCUGCUCACCCUCUGCCCGCCCCUUUUCCGUGCCCUCAGCUGGCCCAGCCCCUGCCCGUUGCUGCCCCUCCCCUUGCCCCCUCAACUCCCCUGCCCCCCGUACACCCCAGUCCCAUCCAACCGCCCCCACCCUCCCCCGGCUGCCCGUUUCCGCUCUCCACCCCCGCGACCGUGUGCGGCUUCCAACCGCCCAACGGUGGUGCGCACGGGGCGUUUCUUCGCACGGGCAAGCCUCCCCGGGGGCCCCCCACCCCGCUGGGUCGUUUCACACCCCCUGCCCCCUCAUGCCAUCCGCUCCCCCCGCCCCUACCCUCCGCGUGCCCGCUCCCUUGCCGCCUCUUUUGACCCUCCCUGCCCCCCUCGCCGUUUCCCACCGCCCGCCAUUCGCUCCUCCCCGCCCGUGCGCUCCCCUCGUUUACCUUCUCCUCCCCCCUCCCCUCCUCUGCUGCACGCCUCUUCCUUCCCCUCGCCGACCCACUCCACUCCCUGCCCCUCCUCAAUCCGCACCCUGCCCCUCGUAUCUCGCCCCCCUAUGCUUGGUUUCUCCCCUCCCUGCCCCUCGCCGCCUUUCUCCGCCCCCCACCUCCCCCCUCUCCCUGCCCCCCCACUCUCCCACCCUUGCCCUUGGCUUCCUACCUCCCUGCCCCACCUUUCCCCCCUCUGUGUGCUCAGCUUCUCCCCUCCCUGCCCCUCCCUCCUCCCCGCCCUGCCCCUCGUUUUCCGCCCCCCCACGCCCGGUUUCUCCCCUCCCCGCGCCUCCCUUUCUUUCUCCGUGCCUCUCCUCUGCUCCCUCCCUGCCCCCGCCUGCCCAUGCCCCUGUCUUUGGCUUCUCCCCUCCCUGCCCCACGUUUCUUCCCUCCCUGCCCACCCCCUCUGCCCCUCCCUUGUUUUCCCCUCACCCAUUGCUUCUCCCCUCCCUGCCCUUGAUUUCCCGCACCCCUGCCCUUGUUUCCUACCAUCCAUGCCCCUCGUUUCCCCCCCUUUGUACGUUCAGCCUCUUCCCUCCCUGCCCCUCCCUUCCUCCCCCCCUGCCCUUUGCUCUCCCCUCGUUACGCUCCCUUCUCCCCAUCCCUGCUGCCCUCUUACCACCAUCAGCCCAUCCCCACCACCAGCCCCCCUCCCACCCUUCUCUCCCCCCCUCCCUUUCCCUCUCUCUCUUUCUCACACACACACACGCACACUCCCCUCCCCCACCCCCCACCCACAUCCUCCCAUUCUGCCCCUCCCUGCCCCUUUCCCACCCCCUCGCACGCCCCUCACCUCCCACCUCCGUGCAACUGGUUUCCCCCCCUAUGGUGCCUCCCUUGCAUCGCUCGCCCCUCUGCUCACCCUCUGCCCGCCCCUUUUCCGUGCCCUCAGCUGGCCCAGCCCCUGCCCGUUGCUGCCCCUCCCCUUGCCCCCUCAACUCCCCUGCCCCCCGUACACCCCAGUCCCAUCCAACCGCCCCCACCCUCCCCCGGCUGCCCGUUUCCGCUCUCCACCCCCGCGACCAUGUGCGGCUUCCAACCGCCCAACGGUGGUGCGCACGGGGCGUUUCUUCGCACGGGCAAGCCUCCCCGGGGGCCCCCCACCCCGCUGGGUCGUUUCACACCCCCUGCCCCCUCAUGCCAUCCGCUCCCCCCGCCCCUACCCUCCGCGUGCCCGCUCCCUUGCCGCCUCUUUUGACCCUCCCUGCCCCCCUCGCCGUUUCCCACCGCCCGCCAUUCGCUCCUCCCCGCCCGUGCGCUCCCCUCGUUUACCUUCUCCUCCCCCCUCCCCUCCUCUGCUGCACGCCUCUUCCUUCCCCUCGCCGACCCACUCCACUCCCUGCCCCUCCUCAAUCCGCACCCUGCCCCUCCUUCUCCCCUCCCUGCCCCUCCCUCCUCCCCGCCCUGCCCCUCGUUUUCCGCCCCCCCACGCCCGGUUUCUCCCCUCCCCGCGCCUCCCUUUCUUUCUCCAGUGCCUCUCCUCUGCUCCCUCCCUGCCCCCGCCUGCCCAUGCCCCUGUCUUUGGCUUCUCCCCUCCCUGCCCCACGUUUCUUCCCUCCCUGCCCACCCCCUCUGCCCCUCCCUUGUUUUCCCCUCACCCAUUGCUUCUCCCCUCCCUGCCCUUGAUUUCCCGCACCCCUGCCCUUGUUUCCUACCAUCCAUGCCCCUCGUUUCCCCCCCUUUGUACGUUCAGCCUCUUCCCUCCCUGCCCCUCCCUUCCUCCCCCCCUGCCCUUUGCUCUCCCCUCGUUACGCUCCCUUCUCCCCAUCCCUGCUGCCCUCUUACCACCAUCAGCCCAUCCCCACCACCAGCCCCCCUCCCACCCUUCUCUCCCCCCCUCCCUUUCCCUCUCUCUCUUUCUCACACACACACACGCACACUCCCCUCCCCCACCCCCCCACCCACAUCCUCCCAUUCUGCCCCUCCCUGCCCCUUUCCCACCCCCUCGCACGCCCCUCACCUCCCACCUCCGUGCAACUGGUUUCCCCCCCUAUGGUGCCUCCCUUGCAUCGCUCGCCCCUCUGCUCACCCUCUGCCCGCCCCUUUUCCGUGCCCUCAGCUGGCCCAGCCCCUGCCCGUUGCUGCCCCUCCCCUUGCCCCCUCAACUCCCCUGCCCCCCGUACACCCCAGUCCCAUCCAACCGCCCCCACCCUCCCCCGGCUGCCCGUUUCCGCUCUCCACCCCCGCGACCGUGUGCGGCUUCCAACCGCCCAACGGUGGUGCGCACGGGGCGUUUCUUCGCACGGGCAAGCCUCCCCGGGGGCCCCCCACCCCGCUGGGUCGUUUCACACCCCCUGCCCCCUCAUGCCAUCCGCUCCCCCCGCCCCUACCCUCCGCGUGCCCGCUCCCUUGCCGCCUCUUUUGACCCUCCCUGCCCCCCUCGCCGUUUCCCACCGCCCGCCAUUCGCUCCUCCCCGCCCGUGCGCUCCCCUCGUUUACCUUCUCCUCCCCCCUCCCCUCCUCUGCUGCACGCCUCUUCCUUCCCCUCGCCGACCCACUCCACUCCCUGCCCCUCCUCAAUCCGCACCCUGCCCCUCGUAUCUCGCCCCCCUAUGCUUGCUUCUCCCCUCCCUGCCCCUCCCUCCUCCCCGCCCUGCCCCUCGUUUUCCGCCCCCCCACGCCCGGUUUCUCCCCUCCCCGCGCCUCCCUUUCUUUCUCCGUGCCUCUCCUCUGCUCCCUCCCUGCCCCCGCCUGCCCAUGCCCCUGUCUUUGGCUUCUCCCCUCCCUGCCCCACGUUUCUUCCCUCCCUGCCCACCCCCUCUGCCCCUCCCUUGUUUUCCCCUCACCCAUUGCUUCUCCCCUCCCUGCCCUUGAUUUCCCGCACCCCUGCCCUUGUUUCCUACCAUCCAUGCCCCUCGUUUCCCCCCCUUUGUACGUUCAGCCUCUUCCCUCCCUGCCCCUCCCUUCCUCCCCCCCUGCCCUUUGCUCUCCCCUCGUUACGCUCCCUUCUCCCCAUCCCUGCUGCCCUCUUACCACCAUCAGCCCAUCCCCACCACCAGCCCCCCUCCCACCCUUCUCUCCCCCCCUCCCUUUCCCUCUCUCUCUUUCUCACACACACACACGCACACUCCCCUCCCCCACCCCCCACCCACAUCCUCCCAUUCUGCCCCUCCCUGCCCCUUUCCCACCUCCUCGCACGCCCCUCACCUCCCACCUCCGUGCAACUGCUGGCCCAGCCCCUGCCCGUUGCUGCCCCUCCCCUUGCCCCCUCAACUCCCCUGCCCCCCGUACACCCCAGUCCCAUCCAACCGCCCCCACCCUCCCCCGGCUGCCCGUUUCCGCUCUCCACCCCCGCGACCGUGUGCGGCUUCCAACCGCCCAACGGUGGUGCGCACGGGGCUCACACCCCCUGCACCCUCAUGCCAUCCGCUCCCCCCGCCCCUACCCUCCGCGUGCCCGCUCCCUUGCCGCCUCUUUUGACCCUCCCUGCCCCCCUCGCCGUUUCCCACCGCCCGCCAUUCGCACCUCCCCGCCCGUGCGCUCCCCUCGUUUACCUUCUCCUCCCCCCCUCCCCUCCUCUGCUGCACGCCUCUUCCUUCCCCUCGCCGACCCACUCCACUCCCUGCCCCUCCUCAAUCCGCACCCUGCCCCUCGUAUCUCGCCCCCCUAUGCUUGGUUUCUCCCCUCCCUGCCCCUCGCCGCCUUUCUCCGCCCCCCACCUCCCCCCUCUCCCUGCCCCCCCACUCUCCCACCCUUGCCCUUGGCUUCCUACCUCCCUGCCCCACCUUUCCCCCCUCUGUGUGCUCAGCUUCUCCCCUCCCUGCCCCUCCCUCCUCCCCGCCCUGCCCCUCGUUUUCCGCCCCCCCACGCCCGGUUUCUCCCCUCCCCGCGCCUCCCUUUCUUUCUCCGUGCCUCUCCUCUGCUCCCUCCCUGCCCCCGCCUGCCCAUGCCCCUGUCUUUGGCUUCUCCCCUCCCUGCCCCACGUUUCUUCCCUCCCUGCCCACCCCCUCUGCCCCUCCCUUGUUUUCCCCUCACCCAUUGCUUCUCCCCUCCCUGCCCUUGAUUUCCCGCACCCCUGCCCUUGUUUCCUACCAUCCAUGCCCCUCGUUUCCCCCCCUUUGUACGUUCAGCCUCUUCCCUCCCUGCCCCUCCCUUCCUCCCCCCCUGCCCUUUGCUCUCCCCUCGUUACGCUCCCUUCUCCCCAUCCCUGCUGCCCUCUUACCACCAUCAGCCCAUCCCCACCACCAGCCCCCCUCCCACCCUUCUCUCCCCCCCUCCCUUUCCCUCUCUCUCUUUCUCACACACACACACGCACACUCCCCUCCCCCACCCCCCACCCACAUCCUCCCAUUCUGCCCCUCCCUGCCCCUUUCCCACCCCCUCGCACGCCCCUCACCUCCCACCUCCGUGCAACUGGUUUCCCCCCCUAUGGUGCCUCCCUUGCAUCGCUCGCCCCUCUGCUCACCCUCUGCCCGCCCCUUUUCCGUGCCCUCAGCUGGCCCAGCCCCUGCCCGUUGCUGCCCCUCCCCUUGCCCCCUCAACUCCCCUGCCCCCCGUACACCCCAGUCCCAUCCAACCGCCCCCACCCUCCCCCGGCUGCCCGUUUCCGCUCUCCACCCCCGCGACCGUGUGCGGCUUCCAACCGCCCAACGGUGGUGCGCACGGGGCGUUUCUUCGCACGGGCAAGCCUCCUCGGGGGCCCCCCACCCCGCUGGGUCGUUUCACACCCCCUGCCCCCUCAUGCCAUCCGCUCCCCCCGCCCCUACCCUCCGCGUGCCCGCUCCCUUGCCGCCUCUUUUGACCCUCCCUGCCCCCCUCGCCGUUUCCCACCGCCCGCCAUUCGCUCCUCCCCGCCCGUGCGCUCCCCUCGUUUACCUUCUCCUCCCCCCUCCCCUCCUCUGCUGCACGCCUCUUCCUUCCCCUCGCCGACCCACUCCACUCCCUGCCCCUCCUCAAUCCGCACCCUGCCCCUCGUAUCUCGCCCCCCUAUGCUUGGUUUCUCCCCUCCCUGCCCCUCGCCGCCUUUCUCCGCCCCCCACCUCCCCCCUCUCCCUGCCCCCCCACUCUCCCACCCUUGCCCUUGGCUUCCUACCUCCCUGCCCCACCUUUCCCCCCUCUGUGUGCUCAGCUUCUCCCCUCCCUGCCCCUCCCUCCUCCCCGCCCUGCCCCUCGUUUUCCGCCCCCCCACGCCCGGUUUCUCCCCUCCCCGCGCCUCCCUUUCUUUCUCCGUGCCUCUCCUCUGCUCCCUCCCUGCCCCCGCCUGCCCAUGCCCCUGUCUUUGGCUUCUCCCCUCCCUGCCCCACGUUUCUUCCCUCCCUGCCCACCCCCUCUGCCCCUCCCUUGUUUUCCCCUCACCCAUUGCUUCUCCCCUCCCUGCCCUUGAUUUCCCGCACCCCUGCCCUUGUUUCCUACCAUCCAUGCCCCUCGUUUCCCCCCCUUUGUACGUUCAGCCUCUUCCCUCCCUGCCCCUCCCUUCCUCCCCCCCUGCCCUUUGCUCUCCCCUCGUUACGCUCCCUUCUCCCCAUCCCUGCUGCCCUCUUACCACCAUCAGCCCAUCCCCACCACCAGCCCCCCUCCCACCCUUCUCUCCCCCCCUCCCUUUCCCUCUCUCUCUUUCUCACACACACACACGCACACUCCCCUCCCCCACCCCCCACCCACAUCCUCCCAUUCUGCCCCUCCCUGCCCCUUUCCCACCCCCUCGCACGCCCCUCACCUCCCACCUCCGUGCAACUGGUUUCCCCCCCUAUGGUGCCUCCCUUGCAUCGCUCGCCCCUCUGCUCACCCUCUGCCCGCCCCUUUUCCGUGCCCUCAGCUGGCCCAGCCCCUGCCCGUUGCUGCCCCUCCCCUUGCCCCCUCAACUCCCCUGCCCCCCGUACACCCCAGUCCCAUCCAACCGCCCCCACCCUCCCCCGGCUGCCCGUUUCCGCUCUCCACCCCCGCGACCGUGUGCGGCUUCCAACCGCCCAACGGUGGUGCGCACGGGGCGUUUCUUCGCACGGGCAAGCCUCCUCGGGGGCCCCCCACCCCGCUGGGUCGUUUCACACCCCCUGCCCCCUCAUGCCAUCCGCUCCCCCCGCCCCUACCCUCCGCGUGCCCGCUCCCUUGCCGCCUCUUUUGACCCUCCCUGCCCCCCUCGCCGUUUCCCACCGCCCGCCAUUCGCUCCUCCCCGCCCGUGCGCUCCCCUCGUUUACCUUCUCCUCCCCCCUCCCCUCCUCUGCUGCACGCCUCUUCCUUCCCCUCGCCGACCCACUCCACUCCCUGCCCCUCCUCAAUCCGCACCCUGCCCCUCGUAUCUCGCCCCCCUAUGCUUGGUUUCUCCCCUCCCUGCCCCUCGCCGCCUUUCUCCGCCCCCCACCUCCCCCCUCUCCCUGCCCCCCCACUCUCCCACCCUUGCCCUUGGCUUCCUACCUCCCUGCCCCACCUUUCCCCCCUCUGUGUGCUCAGCUUCUCCCCUCCCUGCCCCUCCCUCCUCCCCGCCCUGCCCCUCGUUUUCCGCCCCCCCACGCCCGGUUUCUCCCCUCCCCGCGCCUCCCUUUCUUUCUCCGUGCCUCUCCUCUGCUCCCUCCCUGCCCCCGCCUGCCCAUGCCCCUGUCUUUGGCUUCUCCCCUCCCUGCCCCACGUUUCUUCCCUCCCUGCCCACCCCCUCUGCCCCUCCCUUGUUUUCCCCUCACCCAUUGCUUCUCCCCUCCCUGCCCUUGAUUUCCCGCACCCCUGCCCUUGUUUCCUACCAUCCAUGCCCCUCGUUUCCCCCCCUUUGUACGUUCAGCCUCUUCCCUCCCUGCCCCUCCCUUCCUCCCCCCCUGCCCUUUGCUCUCCCCUCGUUACGCUCCCUUCUCCCCAUCCCUGCUGCCCUCUUACCACCAUCAGCCCAUCCCCACCACCAGCCCCCCUCCCACCCUUCUCUCCCCCCCUCCCUUUCCCUCUCUCUCUUUCUCACACACACACACGCACACUCCCCUCCCCCACCCCCCACCCACAUCCUCCCAUUCUGCCCCUCCCUGCCCCUUUCCCACCCCCUCGCACGCCCCUCACCUCCCACCUCCGUGCAACUGGUUUCCCCCCCUAUGGUGCCUCCCUUGCAUCGCUCGCCCCUCUGCUCACCCUCUGCCCGCCCCUUUUCCGUGCCCUCAGCUGGCCCAGCCCCUGCCCGUUGCUGCCCCUCCCCUUGCCCCCUCAACUCCCCUGCCCCCCGUACACCCCAGUCCCAUCCAACCGCCCCCACCCUCCCCCGGCUGCCCGUUUCCGCUCUCCACCCCCGCGACCGUGUGCGGCUUCCAACCGCCCAACGGUGGUGCGCACGGGGCGUUUCUUCGCACGGGCAAGCCUCCCCGGGGGCCCCCCACCCCGCUGGGUCGUUUCACACCCCCUGCCCCCUCAUGCCAUCCGCUCCCCCCGCCCCUACCCUCCGCGUGCCCGCUCCCUUGCCGCCUCUUUUGACCCUCCCUGCCCCCCUCGCCGUUUCCCACCGCCCGCCAUUCGCUCCUCCCCGCCCGUGCGCUCCCCUCGUUUACCUUCUCCUCCCCCCUCCCCUCCUCUGCUGCACGCCUCUUCCUUCCCCUCGCCGACCCACUCCACUCCCUGCCCCUCCUCAAUCCGCACCCUGCCCCUCCUUCUCCCCUCCCUGCCCCUCCCUCCUCCCCGCCCUGCCCCUCGUUUUCCGCCCCCCCACGCCCGGUUUCUCCCCUCCCCGCGCCUCCCUUUCUUUCUCCGUGCCUCUCCUCUGCUCCCUCCCUGCCCCCGCCUGCCCAUGCCCCUGUCUUCUGGCUUCUCCCCUCCCUGCCCCACGUUUCUUCCCUCCCUGCCCACCCCCUCUGCCCCUCCCUUGUUUUCCCCUCACCCAUUGCUUCUCCCCUCCCUGCCCUUGAUUUCCCGCACCCCUGCCCUUGUUUCCUACCAUCCAUGCCCCUCGUUUCCCCCCCUUUGUACGUUCAGCCUCUUCCCUCCCUGCCCCUCCCUUCCUCCCCCCCUGCCCUUUGCUCUCCCCUCGUUACGCUCCCUUCUCCCCAUCCCUGCUGCCCUCUUACCACCAUCAGCCCAUCCCCACCACCAGCCCCCCUCCCACCCUUCUCUCCCCCCCUCCCUUUCCCUCUCUCUCUUUCUCACACACACACACGCACACUCCCCUCCCCCACCCCCCACCCACAUCCUCCCAUUCUGCCCCUCCCUGCCCCUUUCCCACCCCCUCGCACGCCCCUCACCUCCCACCUCCGUGCAACUGGUUUCCCCCCCCUAUGGUGCCUCCCUUGCAUCGCUCGCCCCUCUGCUCACCCUCUGCCCGCCCCUUUUCCGUGCCCUCAGCUGGCCCAGCCCCUGCCCGUUGCUGCCCCUCCCCUUGCCCCCUCAACUCCCCUGCCCCCCGUACACCCCAGUCCCAUCCAACCGCCCCCACCCUCCCCCGGCUGCCCGUUUCCGCUCUCCACCCCCGCGACCGUGUGCGGCUUCCAACCGCCCAACGGUGGUGCGCACGGGGCGUUUCUUCGCACGGGCAAGCCUCCCCGGGGGCCCCCCACCCCGCUGGGUCGUUUCACACCCCCUGCCCCCUCAUGCCAUCCGCUCCCCCCGCCCCUACCCUCCGCGUGCCCGCUCCCUUGCCGCCUCUUUUGACCCUCCCUGCCCCCCUCGCCGUUUCCCACCGCCCGCCAUUCGCUCCUCCCCGCCCGUGCGCUCCCCUCGUUUACCUUCUCCUCCCCCCUCCCCUCCUCUGCUGCACGCCUCUUCCUUCCCCUCGCCGACCCACUCCACUCCCUGCCCCUCCUCAAUCCGCACCCUGCCCCUCGUAUCUCGCCCCCCUAUGCUUGCUUCUCCCCUCCCUGCCCCUCCCUCCUCCCCGCCCUGCCCCUCGUUUUCCGCCCCCCCACGCCCGGUUUCUCCCCUCCCCGCGCCUCCCUUUCUUUCUCCGUGCCUCUCCUCUGCUCCCUCCCUGCCCCCGCCUGCCCAUGCCCCUGUCUUUGGCUUCUCCCCUCCCUGCCCCACGUUUCUUCCCUCCCUGCCCACCCCCUCUGCCCCUCCCUUGUUUUCCCCUCACCCAUUGCUUCUCCCCUCCCUGCCCUUGAUUUCCCGCACCCCUGCCCUUGUUUCCUACCAUCCAUGCCCCUCGUUUCCCCCCCUUUGUACGUUCAGCCUCUUCCCUCCCUGCCCCUCCCUUCCUCCCCCCCUGCCCUUUGCUCUCCCCUCGUUACGCUCCCUUCUCCCCAUCCCUGCUGCCCUCUUACCACCAUCAGCCCAUCCCCACCACCAGCCCCCCUCCCACCCUUCUCUCCCCCCCUCCCUUUCCCUCUCUCUCUUUCUCACACACACACACGCACACUCCCCUCCCCCACCCCCCACCCACAUCCUCCCAUUCUGCCCCUCCCUGCCCCUUUCCCACCCCCUCGCACGCCCCUCACCUCCCACCUCCGUGCAACUGGUUUCCCCCCUAUGGUGCCUCCCUUGCAUCGCUCGCCCCUCUGCUCACCCUCUGCCCGCCCCUUUUCCGUGCCCUCAGCUGGCCCAGCCCCUGCCCGUUGCUGCCCCUCCCCUUGCCCCCUCAACUCCCCUGCCCCCCGUACACCCCAGUCCCAUCCAACCGCCCCCACCCUCCCCCGGCUGCCCGUUUCCGCUCUCCACCCCCGCGACCGUGCGCGGCUUCCAACCGCCCAACGGUGGUGCGCACGGGGCCCGUACUUCCCCCUCCAGCCUCCCUUUCCCCCCCAGCUACUUCCGCAUCCAGCCCACCUACCCCAGCCUCCCUCUACCUCUCCCUAACUCCACACCGCCGUUCCUACCCCCAGCCAAGGUCUACACCCCUUGCUUUUGCUCCCUGGGCUGUGCCGUCCCCAACCUCCCUCCGCCUUUCCGCGGCACCAGACCGCCUCUCCCUCCCCCAGCCAACCUUUGCACCCCCUGUUCCUGCCCCUUGUGCCCUCCAACACCCUACCUCAACCCCCCCCAGUCUCCCCCUUCUCCAACACCCUCCAUAUUUCCUCCCCCUUGGGGCUCGCCCAUCCGCAGUUAUCACCCUUCAUCGUUUCCCCAAUUCCCUCUGUCCCCUGUUUCCCGGCCCCGCAUCCUAUUCUGCAUUUACCACAGCGCCUCCUUUCGGUGCCCUCUCUGCCCUCCCACGUUCUCACCCCCCGCCUCCCAACCUUCUCAUUACCCGCUACCAGGCUCACGCCAACUCGACUACCCACUACCCUUUGCCCCUUCCUCUCUGUUCCCCACCCUUCCUUUCCCACUUGGCUCCACCUGCCCACCCCCACCUCCCGUGGAAUUCUGCCCUGCCCUCCCCACCUCCGGCCCACCACCUGUCCCCACACCCUGCUCACCCACCGCUACAUCACCCCCGCCCCCCCACCUCCACUACAGCCCGCCAACACUUCCCCUCUCAACCGGCCCCCAGCCCGCCCCCCCCUUGGGCCCCAAUCCCCUCCAACUGUCAGGCCCCCUCUACCCUCUCUUCCACCCACUGCGCACCGCUUUCCCCACCCUUUUCCCCUUUCCCCAAGCUAACCCCCCGCACCCCGGCCUCUGCCAGGGAGUUCCUUCCCCCUUUGACGCCCUCUUGAGCCAACUCCAGCAACUCACACCGCCACCGCCAGGCAUGCUGCCUCUAGCCAGGGGGGAACUUGCAGCUGACACUGCACGGGAAGGGGUAAGUGAGUUUGUGUGUGAAGGAGCAGCAGAGGCUGCAGAGGAUGGGGCAGCAAAGGCUGCACGGGAAGGGGCAAUGGGGGUUGUGGGGGAAGGGGCAGCAGAGGCUGCAGAGGAAAGGGCAGCAGAGGCUGCAAGGGAAGGGGCAGCAGCGGCUGCACGGGAAAGGGCGGCAGGGGCUGCACGGGAAGGGGCGGCAGGGACCGUGACUCUGGCCAGGCAAAGGGCAGAGGCCAUGGAGACAGGUUUUGCAGGAGUAGGGGCCACGGAACCUGCUGCUGUGUCGGCUGGGGGAACCGCAGCAGAGGAGGCUAUAGGGACCGCACCAGUAGUCGAGGCUGCAAGGACUGCAGCAGGAGCAACAGAGGCCACAGUGGGGGCUGGUAUAGGGGGAGGUGCUACGGGUGCAGCGGGGAAGGGGGUAACGGGGACUGGUGCGAGGGAGAGUGCCGCCUCGGCUGUAGCAAGAGAGGGUACGGCAGGGGCUAGAGUGGGAGAGGGGACAGCAGUGGCCUCAAAGGCAGAAGGUGAGGCUGCAGCUGAAGCAGCAGGGAGGGCCAUAGCACGGCCAGUAGGGGCGGCAGGGGCCGCAGCAAACGCGGGGAAACACACAGCAGGGCCGGCAGGGCCGGCAGAGACUGCAAAAGGGGCUAGCAGUAAAGCGGCAGCAGGCGGGGUGGGCUCGGGGGACAUAGGGGCAACAGGGGAAGGAGAGGUGAGUGUGGUCCCGACCGGGGUGGGCACUGAAGAGGGGGAUGUGAUAGCGAUAGAGGAGGAUGAGGGAGAGGAUGUGAUCCACAUUUACGGGCCACUGGCCCAAUACCUCACGCUUGACGGUGAGGCCGACCCGGCCCCCCUGCAGCCUCACGUCGAGAUUCCCCCUCUACCCCCCAUGCCCGUCCCCAUGCUAGCAGAAGGACCGAUGGAGGGGCUGGGGGAGACCUUGAGGACAGAGCCGCGCGAGGGAGCCCCCAUCCUCACCUCCCGUCCUCCAGCCCACCCACCCCCAGGAGCACCACUUCCCCACCCCCACCCUCAGGUCCCGGUAGUGUCCAGGGGGGCAGCCAAGGCCCUGGCCUUCUUGGCGGAGCCGUGCUCCCCGACCCCCACGCUGCUCAAUGGCCAGCUCCCCUCUCCGUCCCCAACGCCUGACCCCACGGUUGCAGGCGGUCCACCGGGAGAGCACGCGGCACACCUCUGCCCCCACCCUCAGGGGCUCCUUAGAGCACCACGUGGAGCAGCCAGGGCUCUGGUCUUCCUAGAGGAGCCAUGCUCCCCGACUCCUACCAACACCCAGCCACCCCCUACCGGCCCACUACCCCCUCCUCCACCAGGCCCCCCCCCACCCGGUAGUACACACAUCUCGGAGGUUGAAGCAUCUCUGCGGCCAAAUCCCUCUCCCACACGCUACAGGCACCCAAACCACCCGAGUCGCCGCACAGCCCCAACACGCCCACCCAACAGGCUGCCCUCCCCACACCACCCCCCCCAGGCAGCCGAGACCCACCCGCAAGGGCUUGCGCCCCAGGCUCAUGGGAGCGGCGGCACCCGGGUAGAGGGGCCCACAGGAGAGGCCACCACAGGGCCCACACAAAUCUCUCUCCCCCCACCGUUUGUACCUCGCUCUAACCUCCACACUGGCCCGACCCCUCGACCCCCACCUCCAACCCCCUCUCCCGGCCGGGUUCCCCACGAGUGGCCCCGUUGGGCAGCCAUCACCCCCCACACACAGCUUGCCCGAUCUGUUCCCACGGAGGGGGAUGUUUCGAGGAGAGAGGGGAUGCACACAGAGCACCCCCCGCCUGGCGAAUCACCCAUCCUCCCUCCACCCACCCCUUUGGCCCCACAGCCCCCCCUUCCUUCACAAACAGGCGCGGACAACCAGGUGGCGGCGGCCGCGAUCGCUACUGGGAGGGAGGCCGUCGGGUUGAGGGAUGCGCCCAUGGCAGACGCCACCGACUCCCCCUCCCAUCCCUCCCACCCCUUCCAUGUCGACGACCCCCUACCGCAACCCAUGGUGAUUGGGGAGGGCCAAGGGGGCCUUCUAGGGCAGGGUCCACACCCGAGCUCCGCUCAGCCAGCACGCCCCACUCCACCCUCUACCCUGCCAGCCCUCCUACUCUCACCUACAGGCAGGCAGGUCUUCGAGACCCCAGAGGAUGUGAGGGCUGGCAUUUCAGAUUUGCUGGCGAUACACCGCCUGAGCAGCUCUCCGGCUGCCCCCACCCUUCCAGUCCCACAGGACCGGACCCGGACGUAUGCGGAGGUCACCCGGUCUGUCCCUUCUUUUAUCCCCCCCGCCACUCAGCUAGGCGCGUCACUCCUGACCCCAAUGGAGACGGACCGGGUUCUGAGGCCGUGUCACUCGCACCUAGACGGGGUGGCGCCUCCCCCCGUUCAGCCCGUGGCGCAGGAGGUCACCAGCAGUAGGGAUGAGGCAUCCGCCCCUACCGAGACCCCUCCGCCUGGGGUAGCAGAGCCGUCACUUGAACCGCACCCCGCCGAGGGGCAGGAGCACACCACGGCACACACUUCAGGCUCACCUCCACGUCCCCCCUCCCCAGCUUCGACACCGGUACCGGCACGAGGCCCGGCCCUAUCCUGUGCGACACCACCUCUAUCUUCGCUGACACCCCCCCCGCGCGGGGCUGGUGAGCCGUCUCCUCCCCUCAUCCCAGGCGAUCCUCUCGGAGCUCAGGCCGCCCACGGGGUCCCCUCUACAGCCAGUUCCGACGCCACGGCCCCGAUUGACCCCGCCGACACGGCGACAUCACCGGACCAGGUCUUCACCGACGCACAGUGGCAGACGCUCGACUCGGUGGACUGGACAGAGUACUUCUCGCCCGAGCGUAUCCAUACACGCCCUCUCCGACGUGUCCCGGAGAGGGUCCGCGGAGGAUAUCUUGACGUCCUCAGUGCGAUCCUAGUCCGCAUUGCCCAGGACCCGGAGGCUGCUGGCCCUACCUUCCUCCUCGCUGCAGCGCUGACUCUUUUCCUUGUUCCAGCGACGCCACCCGACCGCUCGCACACGGCUGCCAUUGCAGCGCGCAUCUCCCUCUUUGGUCGAGGUGAGUGGGCUGAGCUAGUCUCAGAUGCACUAGGCCGUCGCACACCCCUUCUUCGGCGCACAGGUCACCGGUCACGCACCGCCACCGAUCCCUCUACAGCAGAUGAGCGCCGCAUUGCACGUUGCCUUCGUCUGGCAGCGUGCAAUGAGACCUCACGGGCGUGCGCGGCUCUCGAGUCCGCGGAGGCAGCCCCAGAUACACAGGGGACGAUACAGCGCCUGCAGUCGAAGCACCCCAACGCGGAGAGGCCGACCCCAGCUUGGCUGUCUGGCUUCCAGGGGUCCCCUCUUGUGCUCUCGGUGGAUCACUUACGCCGCGCGAUUUUCACAGCUCCGCGGGGCUCUUCGGGAGGACCGUCCGGUUGGGUCGCUGAGCACCUGCGAGACACUUUCUUAGCUUUCCCUCAGAGUCUCCAUUUCCUCCUGGCCGUGUACCAGCAGUGGCUCCGAGGCCGUUGCGCUCCAGCUGCGCGCUCCUUGCUAGCGUCUUCCACCCUCGUGGCUCUGGCGAAGUCGAACAUGGAUGUUCGGCCGAUUGCCAUCGGCGAGGUUUUGGUCCGCAUUCUUUCUCGUGCAGUCUGUCUCCAGCUACGUGACCAGAUGGCGAGGGUCUUCUUGGCGUCACAGCAGUUUGGGGUGGGGGUUAUGUGCGGGACAGAGGUCGUAGUUAGAGGCGUCCGCCGCGCCCUGGCUGACCACCCAGACUGGGUGGUCCUGCAGCUAGACGUGGCGAAUGCCUUUAACUCUUUCCACCGAGACAGGAUGUUCCAGGCGCUGCAGGCCAGCCCGGAGUUUCAGUGUCUGAUCCCCUUCAUCGGCCUCUUCUACGGGACGCCCUCGGAUCUCCACUACAGGUCAGGCACGGGAGUGGUCACGAUGCACUCGGAGCGGGGCACUCGCAAGGGAGACCCUCUCAGCCCCUUCUUGUACGCUCUGACACAGCGUCUUGCUUUGGAGCCGGUUCUGGCGGAGGGGGAUGUCCAGCUCUGGUCGUACGCUGAUGACACGUACGUGCUAGGUCCCCCAGACAGGGUGCUGCACCACUUUGCCGAGAUCGUGAGGCGCUUGGGUGAGAUGGGCCUUGCAGCCCAGCCGCACAAGUGCCUCGUCUACCAGACGGAGUCCUUUCUGUCCAGGGAUCUGGAGGCUUUCACGGGCCUAGGGAUCGAGGUCGCACGCCGAGGGCUCACCGUGACAGGCGUACCGGUAGGCACCGUUUUGUUCGUGGAGCAGAGUCUCCCGGAUCGUCUCGAGAGGAUGGGGCGGGUGCUACCUUGGCUUCCAAGGUUGCGCCAGCCCCAGACAGCUGCCCGCCUCCUUUCGGCGUGUGUCAGCACUCGUCCGCAGUACCUGUCGAGGACCGUCCCUCCUUCGCCCGCAGUGAUCUCCAGUUUUACACGGUGGGACGCACGCCUGGGAGAGACAUUUCAGCAGCUUUUAGCUUCAGGGACCUGGGCUUGUCGCGAGGACAUCCGAGAGGCCGCCCUAGACCAGAUCUUCCUCCCCAUCCGUCUCGGGGGUUUCGGCAUUCGUCGCAUGGCGCGCAUUGCCCCGGUGAGUUUCGUGUGCUCUUGGGUGCAGUGUGCACCCAUUCUCUGUUCUCUCCCUGCGUGUGGCGAGGUGUUUCGGCAGAGCUUCGCUUCAGGUGAGCCAGAGCAGAUCGACCGGGCUCUGCAGACGGCGCUAGAGGGUCUCCCACCUGACGUUCUCUCUCUCCUUCCCCCCUGGCCCUCUUGCGCUUCUGCCUCCCCGGAUUCCCUUUUUGCAAGAGCGAGCCGUCUUCUGGAGGCGCAUGCCUUGGAGGCCGUGCGUGCCCGUCACGCCUCUCCCUUGCACCUUGCCCGUUUGACUUCCCUUCAGGGCGGAGGUGCAGGGGCGUGGUUGACGUCCGUGCCGUACGCCGACCCACUGCGCAUCCCGGAGGCGCUGUGGCAGGCGGCUUCAUCUUCUCGUCUUGGUCUCCCUAUCCCCCAGUUAGCCCUUGCAGGUCAGUGCUCCUGCGGACAGGCGAUUGACGACAUGACGGUGCCUCAUCACGCGGUUCGGUGCCCGCGCUACGGGGUCGCCACUACCAUCCACGACACGGUGAAGUACAUGCUUCGAGACUUUGCGGUCGAGGCGGGCUUCGCGGUAAAGGUGGAGGACUCUACGCUGUUCACACAGUUGGAGGCGGCUCGAGCGAGACUACUGGGACAGCCAGUGGUGGGAGAGGGGACACGGGCUGAGGGACCGGGGGAGCGGAGAGGCGAGGCGGGACAGCCGGGUGGCGGGGGACAGUGGGGACGGCACCAGCUGCGGGGUCAGGUGGAGCGAGGGACAGGUGGGCAGAGGGGACGGCAGGGGGAGCAGACGGGCCAGGACGGGGAGGGGGGACGGCACAGGCAGCAGCAGGAGAGCCAGUGGAGGCCGCGGGCCCAGGGCGCCACGCCUCCAGGUUCGGCCUCGGGGGCGGGGCAGGGGCGGGAGCAGCAGAGAGCGGACGGAGGUACAGGAGGAGCAGCGGGAUUGGGAGGGGAGGGCCAGGGAGUGAGAGAGGCAGCAGGGGAUGGAGCAGGGGGGUCGGGAGGUUUGGGGGAGGGUAGAGAGGGGGAGGGGAGAGGACAGGUGGAUGGAGGAGAGGAGAGGGGGAGAGAGACGAUCGGAGAGGGGGCACCAAGGGACCAGACAGGGCAGCAGCCAGCGCAACAGCAGGGACCAGUCGGACGCACAGGCCGUGUAGGCACCGCCUCCCGCAUUCCAGAUCUCACCUGCCGCGACGUUGGCCAGGGUCUGAUGGUUCUUGUGGAUGUCUCCAUAGCGGAUCCACAGCGGGAGGGGAACGUGCAGCUGAGACGGGCGACCCCCACACAGAUUGGAGUGGCAGCAGCUAGGCGGGUGCAAGAGAAGCUACGUCACUGGGGGCCGCACUUAGAGGGGCUGCAGCCGGCACCACACUUUUACGCGUGCGUGGCGGAGACCUUUGGCCUUCUGAGUGAGCCGAUGCGUCAGUUUCUGGGGCUCUGCGCAAAGAGGAUAGCACAGCGGAGGAGGGAUAGAGGUGGGGGGGAUGACGGAUCGGCACGGAUAUUUGAGGCAGGACUCACUACACGCCUCUCCGUUGCACUGCAGCGCGCGCAGGCUCAAUGCAUGAUCCAGCAUGCGGUGCGGCAGUUAGGGAGGUCCGACGACGGGUGGAUGCCCGCACCAGUCCCACUGGGUGCGGGGCAGGGAACUUGGCACCACGUCACAGGGUGCUUCGAGAGUUCACACCCCCUGCCCCCUCAUGCCAUCCGCUCCCCCCGCCCCUACCCUCCGCGUGCCCGCUCCCUUGCCGCCUCUUUUGACCCUCCCUGCCCCCCUCGCCGUUUCCCACCGCCCGCCAUUCGCUCCUCCCCGCCCGUGCGCUCCCCUUGUUUACCUUCUCCUCCCCCCUCCCCUCCUCUGCUGCACGCCUCUUCCUUCCCCUCGCCGACCCACUCCACUCCCUGCCCAUCCUCAAUCCGCACCCUGCCCCUCGUAUCUCGCCCCCCUAUGCUUGCCACCUACCCCAGCCUCCCUCUACCUCUCCCUAACUCCACACCGCCGUUCCUACCCCCAGCCAAGGUCUACACCCCUUGCUUUUGCUCCCUGGGCUGUGCCGUCCCCAACCUCCCUCCGCCUUUCCGCGGCACCAGACCGCCUCUCCCUCCCCCAGCCAACCUUUGCACCCCCUGUUCCUGCCCCUUGUGCCCUCCAACACCCUACCUCCCCCAGUCUCCCCCUUCUCCAACACCCUCCAUAUUUCCUCCCCCCUGGGGCUCGCCCAUCCGCAGUUAUCACCCUUCAUCGUUUCCCCAAUUCCCUCUGUCCCCUGUUUCCCGGCCCCGCAUCCUAUUCUGCAUUUACCACAGCGCCUCCUUUCGGUGCCCUCUCUGCCCUCCCACGUUCUCACCCCCCGCCUCCCAACCUUCUCAUUACCCGCUACCAGGCUCACGCCAACUCGACUACCCACUACCCUUUGCCCCUUCCUCUCUGUUCCCCACCCUUCCUUUCCCACUUGGCUCCACCUGCCCACCCCCACCUCCCGUGGAAUUCUGCCCUGCCCUCCCCACCUCCGGCCCACCACCUGUCCCCACACCCUGCUCACCCACCGCUACAUCACCCCCGCCCCCCCACCUCCACUACAGCCCGCCAACACUUCCCCUCUCAACCGGCCCCCAGCCCGCCCCCCCCUUGGGCCCCAAUCCCCUCCAACUGUCAGGCCCCCUCUACCCUCUCUUCCACCCACUGCGCACCGCUUUCCCCACCCUUUUCCCCUUUCCCCAAGCUAACCCCCCGCACCCCGGCCUCUGCCAGGGAGUUCCUUCCCCCUUUGACGCCCUCUUGAGCCAACUCCAGCAACUCACACAGCCACCGCCAGGCAUGCUGCCUCUAGCCAGGGGGGAACUUGCAGCUGACACUGCACGGGAAGGGGUAAGUGAGUUUGUGUGUGAAGGAGCAGCAGAGGCUGCAGAGGAUGGGGCAGCAAAGGCUGCACGGGAAGGGGCAAUGGGGGUUGUGGGGGAAGGGGCAGCAGAGGCUGCAGAGGAAAGGGCAGCAGAGGCUGCAAGGGAAGGGGCAGCAGCGGCUGCACGGGAAAGGGCGGCAGGGGCUGCACGGGAAGGGGCGGCAGGGACCGUGACUCUGGCCAGGCAAAGGGCAGAGGCCAUGGAGACAGGUUUUGCAGGAGUAGGGGCCACGGAACCUGCUGCUGUGUCGGCUGGGGGAACCGCAGCAGAGGAGGCUAUAGGGACCGCACCAGUCGAGGCUGCAAGGACUGCAGCAGGAGCAACAGAGGCCACAGUGGGGGCUGGUAUAGGGGGAGGUGCUACGGGUGCAGCGGGGAAGGGGGUAACGGGGACUGGUGCGAGGGAGAGUGCCGCCCCGGCUGUAGCAAGAGAGGGUACGGCAGGGGCUAGAGUGGGAGAGGGGACAGCAGUGGCCUCAAAGGCAGAAGGUGAGGCUGCAGCUGAAGCAGCAGGGAGGGCCAUAGCACGGCCAGUAGGGGCGGCAGGGGCCGCAGCAAACGCGGGGAAACACACAGCAGGGCCGGCAGGGCCGGCAGAGACUGCAAAAGGGGCUAGCAGUAAAGCGGCAGCAGGCGGGGUGGGCUCGGGGGACAUAGGGGCAACAGGGGAAGGAGAGGUGAGUGUGGUCCCGACCGGGGUGGGCACUGAAGAGGGGGAUGUGAUAGCGAUAGAGGAGGAUGAGGGAGAGGAUGUGAUGCACAUUGACGGGCCACUGGCCCAAUACCUCACGCUUGACGGUGAGGCCGACCCGGCCCCCCUGCAGCCUCACGUCGAGAUUCCCCCUCUACCCCCCAUGCCCGUCCCCAUGCUAGCAGAAGGACCGAUGGAGGGGCUGGGGGAGACCUUGAGGACAGAGCCGCGCGAGGGAGCCCCCAUCCUCACCUCCCGUCCUCCAGCCCACCCACCCCCAGGAGCACCACUUCCCCACCCCCACCCUCAGGUCCCAGUAGUGUCCAGGGGGGCAGCCAAGGCCCUGGCCUUCUUGGCGGAGCCAUGCUCCCCGACCCCCACGCUGCUCCAUGGCCAGCUCCCCUCUCCGUCCCCAACGCCUGACCCCACGGUUGCAGGCGGUCCACCGGGAGAGCACGUGGCACACCUCUGCCCCCACCCUCAGGGGCUCCUUAGAGCACCACGUGGAGCAGCCAGGGCUCUGGUCUUCCUAGAGGAGCCAUGCUCCCCGACUCCUACCAACACCCAGCCACCCCCUACCGGCCCACUACCCCCUCCUCCACCAGGCCCCCCCCCACCCGGUAGUACACACAUCUCGGAGGUUGAAGCAUCUCUGCGGCCAAAUCCCUCUCCCACACGCUACAGGCACCCAAACCACCCGAGUCGCCGCACAGCCCCAACACGCCCACCCAACAGGCUGCCCUCCCCACACCACCCCCCCCAGGCAGCCGAGACCCACCCGCAAGGGCUUGCGCCCCAGGCUCAUGGGAGCGGCGGCACCCGGGUAGAGGGGCCCACAGGAGAGGCCACCACAGGGCCCACACAAAUCUCUCUCCCCCCACCGUUUGUACCUCGCUCUAACCUCCACACUGGCCCGACCCCUCGACCCCCACCUCCAACCCCCUCUCCCGGCCGGGUUCCCCACGAGUGGCCCCGUUGGGCAGCCAUCACCCCCCACACACAGCUUGCCCGAUCUGUUCCCACGGAGGGGGAUGUUUCGAGGAGAGAGGGGAUGCAAACAGAGCACCCCCCGCCUGGCGAACCACCCAUCCUCCCUCCACCCACCCCUUUGGCCCCACAGCCCCCCCUUCCUUCACAAACAGGCGCGGACAACCAGGUGGCGGCGGCCGCGAUCGCUACUGGGAGGGAGGCCGUCGGGUUGAGGGAUGCGCCCAUGGCAGACGCCACCGACUCCCCCUCCCAUCCCUCCCACCCCUUCCAUGUCGACGACCCCCUACCGCAACCCAUGGUGAUUGGGGAGGGCCAAGGGGGCCUUCUAGGGCAGGGUCCACACCCGAGCUCCGCUCAGCCAGCACGCCCCACUCCACCCUCUACCCUGCCAGCCCUCCUACUCUCACCUACAGGCAGGCAGGUCUUCGAGACCCCAGAGGAGGUGAGGGCUGGCAUUUCAGAUUUGCUGGCGAUACACCGCCUGAGCAGCUCUCCGGCUGCCCCCACCCUUCCAGUCCCACAGGACCGGACCCGGACGUAUGCGGAGGUCACCCGGUCUGUCCCUUCUUUUAUCCCCCCCGCCACUCAGCUAGGCGCGUCACUCCCGACCCCAAUGGAGACGGACCGGGUUCUGAGGCCGUGUCACUCGCACCUAGACGGGGUGGCGCCUCCCCCCGUUCAGCCCGUGGCGCAGGAGGUCACCAGCAGUAGGGAUGAGGCAUCCGCCCCUACCGAGACCCCUCCGCCUGGGGUAGCAGAGCCGUCACUUGAACCGCACCCCGCCGAGGGGCAGGAGCACACCACGGCACACACUUCAGGCUCACCUCCACGUCCCCCCUCCCCAGCUUCGACACCGGUACCGGCACGAGGCCCGGCCCUAUCCUGUGCGACACCACCUCUAUCUUCGCUGACACCCCCCCCGCGCGGGGCUGGUGAGCCGUCUCCUCCCCUCAUCCCAGGCGAUCCUCUCGGAGCUCAGGCCGCCCACGGGGUCCCCUCUACAGCCAGUUCCGACGCCACGGCCCCGAUUGACCCCGCCGACACGGCGACAUCACCCGACCAGGUCGUGAGUUGCCCCACCUGCAGGAGCUCUCUCGCGAACCGACGCGCGCUCCAGCACCACAUUCCCUUCUGCCAUCCUGCGGACGCGGCUCGCAGGGCGCAGGCUGCCCAUGAUACCGCCUCGAUCAUCCCUUCCCUCUCACAGCCCCGUGCGACCGGGAUGCAGUUCACCGACGCACAGUGGCAGACACUCGACUCGGUGGACUGGACAGAGUACUUCUCGCCCGAGCGUAUCCAUACACGCCCUCUCCGACGUGUCCCGGAGAGGGUCCGCGGAGGAUAUCUUGACGUCCUCAGUGCGAUCCUAGUCCGCAUUGCCCAGGACCCGGAGGCUGCUGGCCCUACCUUCCUCCUCGCUGCAGCGCCGACUCUUUUCCUUGUUCCAGCGACGCCACCCGACCGCUCGCACACGGCUGCCAUUGCAGCGCGCAUCUCCCGCUUUGGUCGAGGUGAGUGGGCUGAGCUAGUCUCAGAUGCACUAGGCCGUCGCACACCCCUUCCUCGGCGCACAGGUCACCGGUCACGCACCGCCACCGAUCCCUCUACAGCAGAUGAGCGCCGCAUUGUACGUUGCCUUCGUCUGGCAGCGUGCAAUGAGACCUCACGGGCGUGCGCGGCUCUCGAGUCCGCGGAGGCAGCCCCAGAUACACAGGGGACGAUACAGCGCCUGCAGUCGAAGCACCCCAACGCGGAGAGGCCGACCCCAGCUUGGCUGUCUGGCUUCCAGGGGUCCCCUCUUGUGCUCUCGGUGGAUCACUUACGCCGCGCGAUUUUCACAGCUCCGCGGGGCUCUUCGGGAGGACCGUCCGGUUGGGUCGCUGAGCACCUGCGAGACACUUUCUUAGCUUUCCCUCAGAGUCUCCAUUUCCUCCUGGCCGUGUACCAGCAGUGGCUCCGAGGCCGUUGCGCUCCAGCUGCACGCUCCUUGCUAGCGUCUUCCACCCUCGUGGCUCUGGCGAAGUCGAACAUGGAUGUUCGGCCGAUUGCCAUCGGCGAGGUUUUGGUCCGCAUUCUUUCUCGUGCAGUCUGUCUCCAGCUACGUGACCAGAUGGCGAGGGUCUUCUUGGCGUCACAGCAGUUUGGGGUGGGGGUUAUGUGCGGGACAGAGGUCGUAGUUAGAGGCGUCCGCCGCGCCCUGGCUGACCACCCAGACUGGGUGGUCCUGCAGCUAGACGUGGCGAAUGCCUUUAACUCUUUCCACCGAGACAGAAUGUUCCAGGCGCUGCAGGCCAGCCCGGAGUUUCAGUGUCUGAUCCCCUUCAUCGGCCUCUUCUACGGGACGCCCUCGGAUCUCCACUACAGGUCAGGCACGGGAGUGGUCACGAUGCACUCGGAGCGGGGCACUCGCCAGGGAGACCCUCUCAGCCCCUUCUUGUACGCUCUGACACAGCGUCUUGCUUUGGAGCCGGUUCUGGCGGAGGGGGAUGUCCAGCUCUGGUCGUACGCCGAUGACACGUACGUGCUAGGUCCCCCAGCCAGGGUGCUGCACCACUUUGCCGAGAUCGUGAGGCGCUUGGGCGAGAUGGGCCUUGCAGCCCAGCCGCACAAGUGCCUCGUCUACCAGACGGAGUCCUUUCUGUCCAGGGAUCUGGAGGCUUUCACGGGCCUAGGGAUCGAGGUCGCACGCCGAGGGCUCACCGUGACAGGCGUACCGGUAGGCACCGUUUCGUUCGUGGAGCAGAGUCUCCCGGAUCGUCUCGAGAGGAUGGGGCGGGUGCUACCUUGGCUUCCGAGGUUGCGCCAGCCCCAGACAGCUGCCCGCCUCCUUUCGGCGUGUGUCAGCACUCGUCCGCAGUACCUGUCGAGGACCGUCCCUCCUUCGCCCGCAGUGAUCUCCAGUUUUACACGGUGGGACGCACGCCUGGGAGAGACAUUUCAGCAGCUUUUAGCUUCAGGGACCUGGGCUUGUCGCGAGGACGUCCGAGAGGCCGCCCUAGACCAGAUCUUCCUCCCCAUCCGUCUCGGGGGUUUCGGCAUUCGUCGCAUGGCGCGCAUUGCCCCGGUGAGUUUCGUGUGCUCCUGGGUGCAGUGUGCACCCAUUCUCUGUUCUCUCCCUGCGUGUGGCGAGGUGUUUUGGCAGAGCUUCGCUUCAGGUGAGCCAGAGCAGAUCGACCGGGCUUUGCAGACGGCGCUAGAGGGUCUCCCACCUGACGUUCUCUCUCUCCUUCCCCCCUGGCCCUCUUGCGCUUCUGCCUCCCCCGAUUCCCUUUUUGCAGGAGCGAGCCGUCUUCUGGAGGCGCAUGCCUUGGAGGCCGUGCGUGCCCGUCACGCCUCUCCCUUGCACCUUGCCCGUUUGACUUCCCUUCAGGGCGGAGGUGCAGGGGCGUGGUUGACGUCGGUGCCGUACGCCGACCCACUGCGCAUCCCGGAGGCGCUGUGGCAGGCGGCUUCAUCUUCUCGUCUUGGUCUCCCUAUCCCCCAGUUAGCCCUUGCAGGUCAGUGCUCCUGCGGACAGGCGAUUGACGACAUGACGGUGCCUCAUCACGCGGUUCGGUGCCCGCGCUACGGGGUCGCCACUACCAUCCACGACACGGUGAAGUACAUGCUUCGAGACUUUGCGGUCGAGGCGGGCUUCGCGGUAAAGGUGGAGGACUCUACGCUGUUCACACAGUUGGAGGCGGCUCGAGCGAGACUACUGGGACAGCCAGUGGUGGGAGAGGGGACACGGGCUGAGGGACCGGGGGAGCGGAGAGGCGAGGCGGGACAGCCGGGUGGCGGGGGACAGUGGGGACGGCACCAGCUGCGGGGUCAGGUGGAGCGAGGGACAGGUGGGCAGAGGGGACGGCAGGGGGAGCAGACGGGCCAGGACGGGGAGGGGGGACGGCACAGGCAGCAGCAGGAGAGCCAGUGGAGGCCGCGAGCCCAGGGCGCCGCGCUUCCAGGUUCGGCCUCGGGGGCGGGGCAGGGGCGGGAGCAGCAGAGAGCGGACGGAGGUACAGGAGGGGCAGCGGGAUUGGGAGGGGAGGGCCAGGGAGUGAGAGAGGCAGCAGGGGAUGGAGCAGGGGGGUCGGGAGGUUUGGGGGAGGGUAGAGAGGGGGAGGGGAGAGGACAGGUGGAUGGAGGAGAGGAGAGGGGGAGAGAGACGAUCGGAGAGGGGGCACCAAGGGACCAGACAGGGCAGCAGCCAGCGCAACAGCAGGGACCAGUCGGACGCACAGGCCGUGUAGGCACCGCCUCCCGCAUUCCAGAUCUCACCUGCCGCGACGUUGGCCAGGGUCUGAUGGUUCUUGUGGAUGUCUCCAUAGCGGAUCCACAGCGGGAGGGGAACGUGCAGCUGAGACGGGCGACCCCCACACAGAUUGGAGUGGCAGCAGCUAGGCGUGUGCAGGAGAAGCUGCGUCACUGGGGGCCGCACUUAGAGGGGCUGCAGCCGGCACCACACUUUUACGCGUGCGUGGCGGAGACCUUUGGCCUUCUGAGUGAGCCGAUGCGUCAGUUUCUGGGGCUCUGCGCAAAGAGGAUAGCACAGCGGAGGAGGGAUAGAGGUGGGGGGGAUGACGGAUCGGCACGGAUAUUUGAGGCAGGACUCACUACACGCCUCUCCGUUGCAUUGCAGCGCGCGCAGGCUCAAUGCAUGAUCCAGCAUGCGGUGCGGCAGUUAGGGAGAUCCGACGACGGGUGGAUGCCCGCACCAGUCCCACUGGGUGCGGGGCAGGGAACUUGGCACCACGUCACAGGGUGCUUCGAGAGUUCACACCCCCUGCCCCCUCAUGCCAUCCGCUCCCCCCGCCCCUACCCUCCGCGUGCCCGCUCCCUUGCCGCCUCUUUUGACCCUCCCUGCCCCCCUCGCCGUUUCCCACCGCCCGCCAUUCGCUCCUCCCCGCCCGUGCGCUCCCCUCGUUUACCUUCUCCUCCCCCCUCCCCUCCUCUGCUGCACGCCUCUUCCUUCCCCUCGCCGACCCACUCCACUCCCUGCCCCUCCUCAAUCCGCACCCUGCCCCUCGUAUCUCGCCCCCCUAUGCUUGCUUCUCCCCUCCCUGCCCCUCCCUCCUCCCCGCCCUGCCCCUCGUUUUCCGCCUCCCCACGCCCGGUUUCUCCCCUCCCCGCGCCUCCCUUUCUUUCUCCGUGCCUCUCCUCUGCUCCCUCCCUGCCCGCGCCUGCCCAUGCCCCUGUCUUUAGCUUCUCCCCUCCCUGCCCCACGUUUCUUCCCUCCCUGCCCACCCCCUCUGCCCCUCCCUUGUUUUCCCCUCACCCAUUGCUUCUCCCCUCCCUGCCCUUGAUUUCCCGCACCCCUGCCCUUGUUUCCUACCAUCCAUGCCCCUCGUUUCCCCCCCUUUGUACGUUCAGCCUCUUCCCUCCCUGCCCCUCCCUUCCUCCCCCCCUGCCCUUUGCUCUCCCCUCGUUACGCUCCCUUCUCCCCAUCCCUGCUGCCCUCUUACCACCAUCAGCCCAUCCCCACCACCAGCCCCCCUCCCACCCUUCUCUCCCCCCCUCCCUUUCCCUCUCUCUCCUUCUCACACACACACACGCACACUCCCCUCCCCCACCCCCCACCCACAUCCUCCCAUUCUGCCCCUCUCUGCCCCUUUCCCACCCCCUCGCACGCCCCUCACCUCCCACCUCCGUGCAACUGGUUUCCCCCCUAUGGUGCCUCCCUUGCAUCGCUCGCCCCUCUGCUCACCCUCUGCCCGCCCCUUUUCCGUGCCCUCAGCUGGCCCAGCCCCUGCCCGUUGCUGCCCCUCCCCUUGCCCCCUCAACUCCCCUGCCCCCCGUACACCCCAGUCCCAUCCAACCGCCCCCACCCUCCCCCGGCUGCCCGUUUCCGCUCUCCACCCCCGCGACCGUGCGCGGCUUCCAACCGCCCAACGGUGGUGCGCACGGGGCGUUUCUUCGCACGGGCAAGCCUCCCCGGGGGCCCCCCACCCCGCUGGGUCGUUGUUCGGCCUCGGGGGCGGGGCAGGGGCGGGAGCAGCAGAGAGCGGACGGAGGUACAGGAGGGGCAGCGGGAUUGGGAGGGGAGGGCCAGGGAGUGAGAGAGGCAGCAGGGGAUGGAGCAGGGGGGUCGGGAGGUUUGGGGGAGGGUAGGGAGGGGGAGGGGAGAGGACAGGUGGAUGGAGGAGAGGAGAGGGGGAGAGAGACGAUCGGAGAGGGGGCACCAAGGGACCAGACAGGGCAGCAGCCAGCGCAACAGCAGGGACCAGUCGGACGCACAGGCCGUGUAGGCACCGCCUCCCGCAUUCCAGACCUCACCUGCCGCGACGUUGGCCAGGGUCUGAUGGUUCUUGUGGAUGUCUCCAUAGCGGAUCCACAGCGGGAGGGGAACGUGCAGCUGAGACGGGCGACCCCCACACAGAUUGGAGUGGCAGCAGCUAGGCGGGUGCAGGAGAAGCUGCGUCACUGGGGGCCGCACUUAGAGGGGCUGCAGCCGGCACCACACUUUUACGCGUGCGUGGCGGAGACCUUUGGCCUUCUGAGUGAGCCGCUGCGUCAGUUUCUGGGGCUCUGCGCAAAGAGGAUAGCACAGCGGAGGAGGGAUAGAGGUGGGGGGGAUGACGGAUCGGCACGGAUAUUUGAGGCAGGACUCACUACACGCCUCUCCGUUGCACUGCAGCGCGCGCAGGCUCAAUGCAUGAUCCAGCAUGCGGUGCGGCAGUUAGGGAGUCACACCCCCUGCCCCCUCAUGCCAUCCGCUCCCCCCGCCCCUACCCUCCGCGUGCCCGCUCCCUUGCCGCCUCUUUUGACCCUCCCUGCCCCCCUCGCCGUUUCCCACCGCCCGCCAUUCGCUCCUCCCCGCCCGUGCGCUCCCCUCGUUUACCUUCUCCUCCCCCCUCCCCUCCUCUGCUGCACGCCUCUUCCUUCCCCUCGCCGACCCACUCCACUCCCUGCCCCUCCUCAAUCCGCACCCUGCCCCUCGUAUCUCGCCCCCCUAUGCUUGGUUUCUCCCCUCCCUGCCCCUCGCCGCCUUUCUCCGCCCCCCACCUCCCCCCUCUCCCUGCCCCCCCACUCUCCCACCCUUGCCCUUGGCUUCCUACCUCCCUGCCCCACCUUUCCCCCCUCUGUGUGCUCAGCUUCUCCCCUCCCUGCCCCUCCCUCCUCCCCGCCCUGCCCCUCGUUUUCCGCCCCCCCACGCCCGGUUUCUCCCCUCCCCGCGCCUCCCUUUCUUUCUCCGUGCCUCUCCUCUGCUCCCUCCCUGCCCCCGCCUGCCCAUGCCCCUGUCUUUGGCUUCUCCCCUCCCUGCCCCACGUUUCUUCCCUCCCUGCCCACCCCCUCUGCCCCUCCCUUGUUUUCCCCUCACCCAUUGCUUCUCCCCUCCCUGCCCUUGAUUUCCCGCACCCCUGCCCUUGUUUCCUACCAUCCAUGCCCCUCGUUUCCCCCCCUUUGUACGUUCAGCCUCUUCCCUCCCUGCCCCUCCCUUCCUCCCCCCCUGCCCUUUGCUCUCCCCUCGUUACGCUCCCUUCUCCCCAUCCCUGCUGCCCUCUUACCACCAUCAGCCCAUCCCCACCACCAGCCCCCCUCCCACCCUUCUCUCCCCCCCUCCCUUUCCCUCUCUCUCUUUCUCACACACAUACACGCACACUCCCCUCCCCCACCCCCCACCCACAUCCUCCCAUUCUGCCCCUCCCUGCCCCUUUCCCACCCCCUCGCACGCCCCUCACCUCCCACCUCCGUGCAAGUGGUUUCCCCCCCCUAUGGUGCCUCCCUUGCAUCGCUCGCCCCUCUGCUCACCCUCUGCCCGCCCCUUUUCCGUGCCCUCAGCUGGCCCAGCCCCUGCCCGUUGCUGCCCCUCCCCUUGCCCCCUCAACUCCCCUGCCCCCCGUACACCCCAGUCCCAUCCAACCGCCCCCACCCUCCCCCGGCUGCCCGUUUCCGCUCUCCACCCCCGCGACCAUGUGCGGCUUCCAACCGCCCAACGGUGGUGCGCACGGGGCCCCAGUACUGCUCUACGCUGUUCACACAGUUGGAGGCGGCUCGAGCGAGACUACUGGGACAGCCAGUGGUGGGAGAGGGGACACGGGCUGAGGGACCGGGGGAGCGGAGAGGCGUGGCGGGACAGCCGGGUGGCGGGGGACAGUGGGGACGGCACCAGCUGCGGGGUCAGGUGGAGCGAGGGACAGGUGGGCAGAGGGGACGGCAGGGGGAGCAGACAGGCCAGGACAGGGAGGGGGGACGGCACAGGCAGCAGCAGGAGAGCCAGUGGAGGCCGCGGGCCCAGGGCGCCGCGCCUCCAGGUUCGGCCUUGGGGGCGGGGCAGGGGCGGGAGCAGCAGAGAGCGGACGGAGGUACAGGAGGGGCAGCGGGAUUGGGAGGGGAGGGCCAGGGAGUGAGAGAGGCAGCAGGGGAUGGAGCAGGGGGGUCGGGAGGUUUGGGGGAGGGUAGAGAGGGGGAGGGGAGAGGACAGGUGGAUGGAGGAGAGGAGAGGGGCAGAGAGACGAUCGGAGAGGGGGCACCAAGGGACCAGACAGGGCAGCAGCCAGCGCAACAGCAGGGACCAGUCGGACGCACAGGCCGUGUAGGCACCGCCUCCCGCAUUCCAGACCUCACCUGCCGCGACGUUGGCCAGGGUCUGAUGGUUCUUGUGGAUGUCUCCAUAGCGGAUCCACAGCGGGAGGGGAACGUGCAGCUGAGACGGGCGACCCCCACACAGAUUGGAGUGGCAGCAGCUAGGCGGGUGCAGGAGAAGCUGCGUCACUGGGGGCCGCACUUAGAGGGGCUGCAGCCGGCACCACACUUUUACGCUUCACACCCCCUGCCCCCUCAUGCCAUCCGCUCCCCCCGCCCCUACCCUCCGCGUGCCCGCUCCCUUGCCGCCUCUUUUGACCCUCCCUGCCCCCCUCGCCGUUUCCCACCGCCCGCCAUUCGCUCCUCCCCGCCCGUGCGCUCCCCUCGUUUACCUUCUCCUCCCCCCCUCCCCUCCUCUGCUGCACGCCUCUUCCUUCCCCUCGCCGACCCACUCCACUCCCUGCCCCUCCUCAAUCCGCACCCUGCCCCUCGUAUCUCGCCCCCCUAUGCUUGGUUUCUCCCCUCCCUGCCCCUCGCCGCCUUUCUCCGCCCCCCACCUCCCCCCUCUCCCUGCCCCCCCACUCUCCCACCCUUGCCCUUGGCUUCCUACCUCCCUGCCCCACCUUUCCCCCCCUCUGUGUGCUCAGCUUCUCCCCUCCCUGCCCCUCCCUCCUCCCCGCCCUGCCCCUCGUUUUCCGCCCCCCCACGCCCGGUUUCUCCCCUCCCCGCGCCUCCCUUUCUUUCUCCGUGCCUCUCCUCUGCUCCCUCCCUGCCCCCGCCUGCCCAUGCCCCUGUCUCUGGCUUCUCCCCUCCCUGCCCCACGUUUCUUCCCUCCCUGCCCACCCCCUCUGCCCCUCCCUUCCUCUUCCCUCCCUGCCCCUCCCUUCCUCCCCCCCUGCCCUUUGCUCUCCCCUCGUUACGCUCCCUUCUCCCCAUCCCUGCUGCCCUCUUACCACCAUCAGCCCAUCCCCACCACCAGCCCCCCUCCCACCCUUCUCUCCCCCCCUCCCUUUCCCUCUCUCUCUUUCUCACACACACACACGCACACUCCCCUCCCCCACCCCCCACCCACAUCCUCCCAUUCUGCCCCUCCCUGCCCCUUUCCCACCCCCUCGCACGCCCCUCACCUCCCACCUCCGUGCAACUGGUUUCCCCCCCCUAUGGUGCCUCCCUUGCAUCGCUCGCCCCUCUGCUCACCCUCUGCCCGCCCCUUUUCCGUGCCCUCAGCUGGCCCAGCCCCUGCCCGUUGCUGCCCCUCCCCUUGCCCCCUCAACUCCCCUGCCCCCCGUACACCCCAGUCCCAUCCAACCGCCCCCACCCUCCCCCGGCUGCCCGUUUCCGCUCUCCACCCCCGCGACCAUGUGCGGCUUCCAACCGCCCAACGGUGGUGCGCACGGGGCGUUUCUUCGCACGGGCAAGCCUCCCCGGGGGCCCCCCACCCCGCUGGGUCGUGGGGCAUAAAUGGGUACAACACGAGGACUUCCCGGGAGGUCACCCAGCCCAGUACUGCUCUACGCUGUUCACACAGUUGGAGGCGGCUCGAGCGAGACUACUGGGACAGCCAGUGGUGGGAGAGGGGACACGGGCUGAGGGACCGGGGGAGCGGAGAGGCGUGGCGGGACAGCCGGGUGGCGGGGGACAGUGGGGACGGCACCAGCUGCGGGGUCAGGUGGAGCGAGGGACAGGUGGGCAGAGGGGACGGCAGGGGGAGCAGACAGGCCAGGACAGGGAGAGGGGACGGCACAGGCAGCAGGAGGAGAGCCAGUGGAGGCCGCGGGCCCAGGGCGCCGCGCCUCCAGGUUCGGCCUUGGGGGCGGGGCAGGGGCGGGAGCAGCAGAGAGCGGACGGAGGUACAGGAGGGGCAGCGGGAUUGGGAGGGGAGGGCCAGGGAGUGAGAGAGGCAGCAGGGGAUGGAGCAGGGGGGUCGGGAGGUUUGGGGGAGGGUAGAGAGGGGGAGGGGAGAGGACAGGUGGAUGGAGGAGAGGAGAGGGGCAGAGAGACGAUCGGAGAGGGGGCACCAAGGGACCAGACAGGGCAGCAGCCAGCGCAACAGCAGGGACCAGUCGGACGCACAGGCCGUGUAGGCACCGCCUCCCGCAUUCCAGACCUCACCUGCCGCGACGUUGGCCAGGGUCUGAUGGUUCUUGUGGAUGUCUCCAUAGCGGAUCCACAGCGGGAGGGGAACGUGCAGCUGAGACGGGCGACCCCCACACAGAUUGGAGUGGCAGCAGCUAGGCGGGUGCAGGAGAAGCUGCGUCACUGGGGGCCGCACUUAGAGGGGCUGCAGCCGGCACCACACUUUUACGCGUGCGUGGCGGAGACCUUUGGCCUUCUGAGUGAGCCGCUGCGUCAGUUUCUGGGGCUCUGCGCAAAGAGGAUAGCACAGCGGAGGAGGGAUAGAGGUGGGGGGGAUGACGGAUCGGCACGGAUAUUUGAGGCAGGACUCACUACACGCCUCUCCGUUGCACUGCAGCGCGCGCAGGCUCAAUGCAUGAUCCAGCAUGCGGUGUGGCAGUUAGGGAGGUCCGACGACGGGUCGAUGCCCGCACCAGUCCCACUGGGUGCGGGGCAGGGAACUUGGCACCACGUCACAGGGUGCUUCGAGAGUUCACACCCCCUGCCCCCUCAUGCCAUCCGCUCCCCCCGCCCCUACCCUCCGCGUGCCCGCUCCCUUGCCGCCUCUUUUGACCCUCCCUGCCCCCCUCGCCGUUUCCCACCGCCCGCCAUUCGCUCCUCCCCGCCCGUGCGCUCCCCUCGUUUACCUUCUCCUCCCCCCUCCCCUCCUCUGCUGCACGCCUCUUCCUUCCCCUCGCCGACCCACUCCACUCCCUGCCCCUCCUCAAUCCGCACCCUGCCCCUCCUUCUCCCCUCCCUGCCCCUCCCUCCUCCCCGCCCUGCCCCUCGUUUUCCGCCCCCCCACGCCCGGUUUCUCCCCUCCCCGCGCCUCCCUUUCUUUCUCCGUGCCUCUCCUCUGCUCCCUCCCUGCCCCCCGCCUGCCCAUGCCCCUGUCUUUGGCUUCUCCCCUCCCUGCCCCACGUUUCUUCCCUCCCUGCCCACCCCCUCUGCCCCUCCCUUGUUUUCCCCUCACCCAUUGCUUCUCCCCUCCCUGCCCUUGAUUUCCCGCACCCCUGCCCUUGUUUCCUACCAUCCAUGCCCCUCGUUUCCCCCCCUUUGUACGUUCAGCCUCUUCCCUCCCUGCCCCUCCCUUCCUCCCCCCCUGCCCUUUGCUCUCCCCUCGUUACGCUCCCUUCUCCCCAUCCCUGCUGCCCUCUUACCACCAUCAGCCCAUCCCCACCACCAGCCCCCCUCCCACCCUUCUCUCCCCCCCUCCCUUUCCCUCUCUCUCUUCUCACACACACACACGCACACUCCCCUCCCCCACCCCCCCACCCACAUCCUCCCAUUCUGCCCCUCCCUGCCCCUUUCCCACCCCCUCGCACGCCCCUCACCUCCCACCUCCGUGCAACUGGUUUCCCCCCCCUAUGGUGCCUCCCUUGCAUCGCUCGCCCCUCUGCUCACCCUCUGCCCGCCCCUUUUCCGUGCCCUCAGCUGGCCCAGCCCCUGCCCGUUGCUGCCCCUCCCCUUGCCCCCUCAACUCCCCUGCCCCCCGUACACCCCAGUCCCAUCCAACCGCCCCCACCCUCCCCCGGCUGCCCGUUUCCGCUCUCCACCCCCGCGACCUCACACCCCCUGCCCCCUCAUGCCAUCCGCUCCCCCCGCCCCUACCCUCCGCGUGCCCGCUCCCUUGCCGCCUCUUUUGACCCUCCCUGCCCCCCUCGCCGUUUCCCACCGCCCGCCAUUCGCUCCUCCCCGCCCGUGCGCUCCCCUCGUUUACCUUCUCCUCCCCCCUCCCCUCCUCUGCUGCACGCCUCUUCCUUCCCCUCGCCGACCCACUCCACUCCCUGCCCCUCCUCAAUCCGCACCCUGCCCCUCGUAUCUCGCCCCCCUAUGCUUGGUUUCUCCCCUCCCUGCCCCUCGCCGCCUUUCUCCGCCCCCACCUCCCCCCUCUCCCUGCCCCCCCACUCUCCCACCCUUGCCCUUGGCUUCCUACCUCCCUGCCCCACCUUUCCCCCCUCUGUGUGCUCAGCUUCUCCCCUCCCUGCCCCUCCCUCCUCCCCGCCCUGCCCCUCGUUUUCCGCCCCCCCACGCCCGGUUUCUCCCCUCCCCCGCGCCUCCCUUUCUUUCUCCGUGCCUCUCCUCUGCUCCCUCCCUGCCCCCGCCUGCCCAUGCCCCUGUCUUUGGCUUCUCCCCUCCCUGCCCCACGUUUCUUCCCUCCCUGCCCACCCCCUCUGCCCCUCCCUUGUUUUCCCCUCACCCAUUGCUUCUCCCCUCCCUGCCCUUGAUUUCCCGCACCCCUGCCCUUGUUUCCUACCAUCCAUGCCCCUCGUUUCCCCCCCUUUGUACGUUCAGCCUCUUCCCUCCCUGCCCCUCCCUUCCUCCCCCCCUGCCCUUUGCUCUCCCCUCGUUACGCUCCCUUCUCCCCAUCCCUGCUGCCCUCUUACCACCAUCAGCCCAUCCCCACCACCAGCCCCCCUCCCACCCUUCUCUCCCCCCCCUCCCUUUCCCUCUCUCUCUUUCUCACACACACACACGCACACUCCCCUCCCCCACCCCCCACCCACAUCCUCCCAUUCUGCCCCUCUCUGCCCCUUUCCCACCCCCUCGCACGCCCCUCACCUCCCACCUCCGUGCAACUGGUUUCCCCCCCUAUGGUGCCUCCCUUGCAUCGCUCGCCCCUCUGCUCACCCUCUGCCCGCCCCUUUUCCGUGCCCUCAGCUGGCCCAGCCCCUGCCCGUUGCUGCCCCUCCCCUUGCCCCCUCAACUCCCCUGCCCCCCGUACACCCCAGUCCCAUCCAACCGCCCCCACCCUCCCCCGGCUGCCCGUUUCCGCUCUCCACCCCCGCGACCGUGCGCGGCUUCCAACCGCCCAACGGUGGUGCGCACGGGGCGUUUCUUCGCACGGGCAAGCCUCCCCGGGGGCCCCCCCACCCCGCUGGGUCGUUGUUCGGGCAAAGAAACGAAAUAA